ACAUCAACGAGUGCGUCGAUCCACAAGCGUGUGGAGUGAACGCCGAGUGCGUCAACUACCCCGGUAACUAUACGUGCCUGUGUAAGGACGGCUUCUACGGUGACCCGUACAAUGGGUGCGCGGAUAUCGACGAGUGCGCUCAGCCGGGAGUUUGCGGACCAGGUGCCAUAUGUACGAACUACGAGGGCGGUUAUCGCUGCGACUGCCCCUCCGGGUUCGACGGGGACGCACGCUCGGCUCAAGGGUGCGCCGACUUCGACGAAUGUACACGAUCACCGUGCGGAAGGAACGCCCUCUGCCAAAACGACGUCGGGAGCUUUCGCUGCCAGUGUCCCGACGGUUUUCAAGGCGACCCGAUGACGGACUGUCAAGAUAUCGACGAAUGUUCGAAUAACCCGUGCGCCGAGGGUGCCCAGUGUACCAACACUCCCGGUGGCUUCCGGUGCAGCUGCCCGUCGGGGAUGACCGACUCCGGCGGCGAGUGCAUCGACAUUAACGAAUGUGCUAAGGAUAACGCUUGCGGAGAGAAUGCCAAGUGCAUCAACUUUCCCGGAUCGUACAAAUGCUUGUGCCCGCAAGGAUUCCAAGGACGGGGUGAACUGUUUUGCAAAAAUGUAAACGAAUGCCUUGAUAAUCCGUGUGGGGAAAAUGCGAUAUGCACGGAUACGGUCGGUAGCUUUGUUUGCUCGUGCAAGCCAGAAUACACGGGAGAUCCAUUUCGGGGCUGUGUCGAUAUCGAUGAAUGUACGGCGUACGACAAACCGUGCGGUAAUCAUGCGGUCUGCGAGAAUGCCAACCCCGGUUACAACUGUCUGUGCCCGCAAGGGUACGUCGGAAAACCGGACCCGAAGGUCGCCUGCGAACAGGCCGACGUCAAUGUACUGUGCAGCAGCAACUUCGACUGUACUAACAAUGCCGAGUGUAUCGAAGGCCAAUGCUUCUGUCAAGAUGGGUUUGAACCACAAGGAUCCAGCUGCAUCGACAUUGACGAAUGUCGAAUGAACAGCCAAAUCUGCGGACCGUCUGCGAUCUGCAUCAACACACCGGGAUCCUUUCGAUGCGACUGUGAAGCGGGCUUUAUCGGUACACCACCUCGAAUACACUGCAAGACGCCGUGCGCAGACGUCAAGUGCGGUAAAAACGCGUAUUGUAAGGCCGAAGGCCAAGAAGCGUUCUGUAUUUGCGAUGAAGGAUGGACUUUCAACCCAGCUGAUAUUUCUGCCGGCUGUGUUGACAUUAACGAGUGUGAUCCUGCGCAAGGACCGAACGGAAGAUGUGGCGUGAAUGCAAUCUGCUCCAAUCAACCCGGAUCUUACAGCUGCCAGUGUCCGCCUGGGUUUACCGGAGAUGCUAACCGUCAAUGUUACGAUGUCGACGAAUGCUCAAAACCUAACGCUUGCGGGGAAAACGCCAUUUGCAAGAACGUAGAAGGCUCGCAUAAGUGUUCUUGUCCUCCGGGAUCCGUUGCCGAUCCUGAUCCAACCGUACGGUGUAUCACUAUUGUAACUUGUACCAAAGAUCACGACUGUCCUGGCAAUGCCAUAUGCGACGCUCACAAACGAUGCCUCUGUCCGGAACCAAACAUUGGCAAUGAUUGUCGACAUCCUUGCGAAAAUGCAGCCUGCGGACCGAAUUCACACUGUAUGCUGGUCAACGGUGAAGCCCAAUGCCUUUGUAGCGAAGGAUUUACCGGCCAUCCUGGCCAGUGCGUCGAUAUCAACGAAUGUGCUGCAAAUCCAUGCCCAACAGGUGCAGUGUGCUCCAACAUUCCAGGGGGUUACACCUGUCAAUGUCCAGGCGGUAGCUCUGGAGACCCAUAUUCUGGGGGCUGCUCCAAAUCCGCUCUACACACUUGCAGUGAUAAGAACCCGUGCCCCUCCGGUGAAAAGUGUAUCCAGGAUGCGUACAGUGGCAACAGUGUCUGCAUUUGCGGCCAGGGCUACAAACGUAACUCCAAAGGCGUUUGCAGAGACAUCAAUGAAUGUGAAGACCCGAACAAACCGGCGUGUGGCGUCAACGCAAUUUGCAAAAACCUGCCAGGAAGCUAUGAAUGUCAAUGUCCGCCAGGAUUCAACGGAAACCCAUUCAUGUCGUGCGAAGAAUGCAAUAGCAUGGAAUGCAAGUGCCCUGCGCCGUACAAGUUUAUGGAUGGAAAUUGUGUUCUGGAUAGCUGCUCCCCUGAUGGCAAGUGUCCUGGUGGAGCGGAAUGUAUCUCGAUCACCGGAGGCGUAAGCUACUGCGCAUGCCCGAAGGGCUUCCGUACACAGGCCGACGGUAAAUGUGAAGACAUAGACGAAUGCACGGAAAAUCAACAGGCCUGUGGCUAUGACGCCAUCUGUAUGAACACAAUAGGCGGAUACGAAUGUAAAUGCCCACUGGGAUAUUCCGGAGAUCCAUACAACGGACUCUGUGCUCUUGCACAGAAACGUUGCUCGGCUGAUCGCGAGUGCAGUUCCAACGAGAAAUGUGUCCAGCCUGGCGAAUGUAUUUGUCCUCCUCCGUUCUACAUGGAUGCAUAUGACGGUAACAAAUGUAAAAGCCCUUGCGAGAGAUUCCCCUGCGGAAUCAAUGCCCGGUGCACUCCUACCGAUCCUCCACAGUGCAUGUGCGAGGUCGGCUACAAAGGCGAUCCACUGACCGGUUGCGUCGAUGAAGAUGACUGUGCAAACUCACCUUGUGCCUACGGAGCACAAUGCAUCAACCAGAAAGGAGGAUACAAAUGCGUAUGUCCCAAAGCAAUGGUCGGCGAUCCCUACAAGGGUGGAUGCAUCUUGGAAGAAGGAUCAGUUAAAAGUCAAUGCCGAAGAAACGAGGACUGCGCUGAUACUUUGGCUUGCGAACGAGGAACCUGUGUCAGUCCGUGUAGCAGUUUACUCUGCGGAACCAACGCCUAUUGUGAACCGGAAAGGCACGCCGCGUGGUGUCGAUGCCGUGUUGGAUUUGUUGAAGGGCCAAACGGUGAUUGUGUCUCUCAAUGCAACGGGUACAUGUGCGGUCACGGAGCCAUGUGUAUAGUAACAAACAGUGGCCCAACGUGCAAGUGUCCACCAGGAGAGGUUGGUAAUCCUUUCCCGGGAGGAUCGUGCAGCACUGACCAGUGCUCUACGAACCGCCCAUGUGCCGAACCGCAAGUAUGUAUCAACGGUCGUUGCAAGCAAAGAUGCGACGGAGUGGUAUGUGGAGUUGGUGCCACUUGCGACGACGCUUCAGGAAAAUGUGUCUGCGAACCGUUCUUUGUCGGUAAUCCAGAAAUGCUUUGUAUGCCACCUAUCACAACGCCUAGUUGUAGCCCAAACUGCGGACAAAACGCGCACUGCGAGUACGGAGUAAUACAGAACAGUUGCGUCUGCAACCCGGGAACAUCCGGUAACCCAUACGGUAUCUGCGAGUCCAAGUCGCGAAACAGUUGCAGUCAAAUGAAGUGCGGACGGAACGCCCUGUGUCGUGAAACUCUCAACUCCGUGGAGUGCAUAUGCCCGACUGGUUUCGUCGGUAACCCCUACGUACAGUGUAACGAUAUCGACGAGUGUUCUACAAAUAACGUAUGCGGUGAAGGUGCCGUUUGCAUCAAUACGGCUGGAAGCUUCGAUUGUCGCUGCAAACCUGGUCAUACGGGAAAUCCUUUCACAAUGUGUUCGCCAGUGGAGAAGAACGUUUGCGAAAACCCACGGCGCUGCCAGUGUGGAAAGAAAGUGCAGUGCCCACCUGGAUUCACCUGUGAGCGAGGAACCUGCAAGGAUCAAUGUGCCAGGAUCAACUGUGGGCCACGAGCGGCAUGCGAUUCAGGAAAAUGUGUCUGUCCAGCUGGUUACACAGGGAAUCCAAAGGAUCUGCGAAGUGGCUGCGUACCAGAUGGACAAUGCGACAAUGACGCAGACUGUCAGAGCAAAGAAAUUUGUUUCCAAUUCGGUAAGGGAGUUAGGAAAUGUGUGGACGCCUGUAGCAAGCUGCAAUGCGGCCCGAAUGCUUUGUGUGUGUCGAAUGACCACAGAUCCACCUGUAUCUGCGCCAGUGGAUACAAUGGAAACCCAGGCGAUCUAACACUAGGAUGUCAAAAGGAAAUCAAGCUAAUCGAAGGAUGCAAAGAUGACUCGGAAUGUAGUGAGGGCAAAAUAUGUGCGCCAACAGAAACUGGAAUACGCUCUUGCGUCAAUCCGUGUAGUGCAGUGGCAUGCGGAGUCAACGAAGUAUGUAAACCAAAUGAGCACAACAAUCCCAUUUGUCACUGUAAGGAAGGAUUCCUGUGGAACCCAGUGACAUCCACAUGUGAAAAGCCAUCCGUUCCGGAUUGUACCAAGGAUGACGAGUGCCACCAGGUGGCAGCAUGUCGACAGGAUGAACUUGGAAUUCUCAAAUGUACUCCAGUCUGUGCGGAGUUCACAUGUCCAGCAAAUUCGGUUUGUGUAUCUUCCAACCAUCGCGGAAGCUGUCAAUGCUUGCCAGGCUAUACAGGAAAUCCUAACGACAGAAACGGGUGCCGUCCAGAGCUGCAAAAUAAAUGUCUUACCAGCGCGGAAUGUUCAGAGUCCGAUGCCUGCGUGACAUACAACGGUGCGUUGUCUUGCAGACCAGCUUGCGAGAAUAUCCAAUGCGGUCCGCAUGCAAUUUGUGUCAGCAACAAUCACAAUGCGCAAUGCCAAUGUCCACCAGGGUCGUAUGCAGGUGAUCCUUACGAUUUGGCCAAUGGAUGCCAGUCUGUGCCUUGUGUCUACAACAACGAUUGCCCACCAACGCAACUAUGUAACCGAAUGACCCACACCUGCUAUGAUGUCUGCCAGGAAGAUACCUGUGGAGAAAAUGCUGUUUGUAUUGCGGAAAAUCAUCGAUCGCUGUGUCAGUGUCCUCCAGGAUACAAGGCCAAUCCCAUAGCGGACGUAGAAUGCGCACCAAUCAGGUCAUGCGAUCCGAACCCAUGUCAUCCAUCGGCAAUUUGCGAAGCGGCUCCCGAGGGACACAUCUGCAAGUGCGCAAUUGGCCAAGUAGGAGAUCCAAUGACAGGCUGCCGUCCUGAAGGGGACUGUCCAAAUGGUGACCUUCAGUGUCCGGAGAACACAGCAUGUCUGAAUGGAAAGUGUGUCGACCCUUGUGCUAAUGCCUGCGGUGUGAACGCCAAGUGUACCGUGGUUAACCGAACGCCGGUGUGCAGCUGCAAAGCCAAAUACGUCCCAGGAGUUAGCGGAUCAGCAAGAGACGGGUGCGUACGGCUUGUUAGCGAAUGCUUGAAUGAUUUGGAUUGCGGUGGAGAUGUCUGUCAAAAUGGACAAUGUAUGGUGGUAUGCAGGAACAACAACGACUGCUCUGGAGGAGAACGAUGCAUCAAUGGAAUAUGUAGUCAACCAUGUUCAAGUCACAGCCAAUGCAAUGCGGGUCAGGCUUGUAUUGGCGGUAGUUGUUUGAUUGGAUGCAGAAGUAACAAAGAUUGUGACAGUUCCAAGGCUUGUAUAAACAGCAAGUGCAGAGAUCCAUGCGAAACGGAAGGUGCUUGCGGUCCAAAUUCCAAAUGCAGUGUCGUAAAUCAUGUCACGAGUUGCAAAUGUCCACCAGGAUUCGAAGGAAACCCAAUUCCGGAACAAGGUUGCGUAAGAAUGCCGGCAACCUGUAGCAGUUCGGCGGAGUGUGCUCCAGGGCACAUGUGUAUCGCCAACCAGUGUAAUCUGCCGUGUUCGGAGACUUCAGGUUGUGCCGUUGGAGAAAGAUGUCACAACAAUAUGUGCGCCAAGGUUUGCUACACCAACAACAACUGUCUUCCAGGUGAGGUGUGUAAUGAGGCUGGUACAUGUCAACCUGGAUGUAGUACUGACUCGGACUGUCCGUCACAAAAGGUAUGCAUCGCAAGCAAAUGCAAGUGCAUGAAAGGCUUUAUUGGAACUCCAUUCGGAUGUUCGGAUAUUGAUGAGUGUACAGAUGGCCCUUGUCAUCCAUCGGCUCGAUGUGAAAACAUUCCGGGGUCUUACCGAUGUAGCUGUCCCGAAGGAACCGUUGGAGAUGCAUAUUCUAAUCCAGGAUGCCGUCUACCGAAUCAAUGCUACAAAAAUACCGACUGCGCAGACAACUUGUCCUGUAUCGAUGGAAAGUGCACGGAUCCUUGCCAGGUAACGAAGUGUGGAGUAAACGCCGAAUGUCACAUUAUUGAUCACGUCGCUGAAUGCCAAUGUCCUUCUGGUCAUUUGGGAGAUGCAAGAGACACUGCUGUAGGAUGCUUCCGCGUGGAAUGCUUAGCCGAUGAUGACUGCGUACAGGAUAGACAGUGUCACAGCGAAACGAACAAGUGCAUCAAUCCUUGCGAAUUUGUAGAUUGUGGAAAAGGAGCAUGUCAUAUCGAAAAUCAUCAGGCAAUCUGUACAUGCUUGCAAGGAUAUGAUGUCGUCGGAGGCCGCUGUGAAGAUGUAAACGAAUGCCAAACGAAUCCAUGCCAUUCCAGUGCCACGUGCCAGAAUCUACCUGGUAGCUACACUUGUACCUGCCCAGAAGGUCUGGUAGGUGACCCGAUAAACAGUGGAUGUAGAAAUCCGGACGAAUGCAUUGCCAACUCGGACUGUCCAACAACGGCAGUAUGCGAAAAGUCCCGUUGCAAGAACCCGUGUUCGAUCGAAAAUGCAUGCGGAGAAAAUGCUGUUUGCUCAGCAGUCGACCAUAAAGCCGUUUGCGAAUGCGCUUCAAAUGCUCGCGGAGAUCCCAAGGUCAGCUGCCUGAGAGUUGAGUGCACUGAAAGUAACGAUUGCUCUUCAAGCCAAACAUGUAUCAACUAUAGCUGCGUUGAUCCGUGCACUCUGAAGAACGCUUGUGGCCAGAAUGCCAAUUGUGUAUCGGAGAACCACCUUGCUAUCUGCUCAUGCCAACCUGGAACAACCGGAAAUCCACUGCUGGGAUGUGUACCUCUUCAAUACUGUAACAGUGACCAACAGUGUCCAGCAGGAACGAAAUGUAAUGCCGGAGUUUGCUGUACGCUGUGCACAAGUGGCCGCGAUUGCAUCAGCGAUCAGCUUUGCAUUCAGGGCGUGUGUCAGCCGACUUGCCGAUCGAAUUCCAGCUGUCCGGACUUCCAAUUUUGCCAGAACAAUAUCUGUACCCAAGAAUUCAAAUGCCGCACUGACGAAGACUGUGACAUUGAUGAAAAUUGUGUCGUGGAUGCUACAGGACGUUCAGAGUGUAUCAACGCCUGUUCUGGCCGGGUGCUUUGCGGUAGGAAUGCAGAAUGCUCUGCCAGAGACCAUUCAGCAGUGUGCGAUUGCAAGCCUGGCUUCUUCCAGGACAAAACCGGAACAUGCCGUAAGAUAGAAUGCCAAACGGAUGAUGAGUGUUCAAAUGAUAAGACCUGCGAAGGAAAUACGUGCAAGAUCGCUUGCCUGAUGGGCGAGCCGUGUGGAGCCAAUGCACUUUGUUCAGCGGAAAAUCACAAACAGGUGUGCUAUUGUCAACCCGGAUUUACCGGAGAUCCAAAAGAGGGCUGCAGUCUGAUAGAUUUCUGCAAGGAAUCACCCUGUGGUACAAAUGCCAAGUGUAGGAAUAGCCGAGGAUCUUAUCGCUGCUCAUGUCCAACGGGAUUGGUAGGAGACCCUUACGCGAGUGGUUGUAAGAAGGCAGCGGAGUGUGAAACGAAUGACGACUGCCCAGAGUUUGCUGAAUGUUUCAAGUCAAAUGGCGAACCAAAGUGUCGAGAUGUUUGCGAAAACAUCGCCUGCAGUCCAAACGCCGAAUGUCAACCUAGAGAUCACAAGGCUGUUUGUACAUGCAGAGCUGGAUACGAAGGAGAUCCAACUGAUCGGCUGAAUGGGUGUAAACCACUGCCACUGCCGUGUAAACUAAACAAUGACUGCCCGGAGAAUUCGUAUUGCUAUGGACAAAUUUGCAAGCCUGCUUGCUCUGCCACGGAAGAGUGCAACCAAGAUGAGGUCUGCUCAAAGGGUCAAUGCAUUAACCCGUGCCACGAACCGAACGCAUGCGGAAUGAACGCCGAGUGCCUGAUGGGAGGUCACUUCAAGCAGUGUUCCUGCCCAGCCGGAUUCACGGGUGAUGCCGCACUGGAGUGCGUAAGAAUACCCGUCUUAUGCGCUUCCAAUGCCGAUUGUAUCGAAGGAACUGCUUGCCACGAAUCAAUGUGCUUGCCACGCUGUAGAGUAGAUCAGGAAUGUGCCCUGAAUGAAAAGUGUAUCGGUAACAAGUGCAUGUUAACGUGUCGCUUGGACAACGAUUGCUUCCUAGGACACAUCUGCCUUAACGGACGCUGCAUCUACGGAUGCCAUUCGGACGACGAUUGUAGUGCGAGUGAAACAUGCCGAGCCAACAAAUGUACCGAUCCGUGCCAAGAAAACCCAUGUGGUCCGAACGCGGCUUGUACAGUAGUGAAUCAUCGUGCCAGUUGCUCGUGCAUCAACGGCAUGGUUCCAAGUCCGACGGCGAAGAUUGGCUGCGUCCGUGCACCAGCACUGCAGUGUACGGAGAAUAGAGACUGUGCGCAAGGCACAUCCUGUAUCGAGAAUUUGUGCCGACCAGUGUGUGCCAACGAUCAGGGAUGCCUGAACAAUGAACGAUGCGAUCGAGGAACCUGCAAACCAAUAUGCAGACGCGACGACGACUGUCGAAAUGGAGAAGUGUGCCAGGGACAGACAUGCAUGGUUGGAUGUAGAUCCGACGCUGGAUGCCCUGGUCAGCUGGUGUGCUUCAACCAACAAUGCGUGGAUCCGUGUCAAGAACCAACUGCUUGCGGAACGAAUGCACUUUGUACGGUGGUUAACCACAGGAAGCAGUGUACAUGUCCACCACCACUCAUCGGAGACCCUUUGACGGGAUGCCGAGCUGAACAAAGAUCUUGCCAGACAAGAAGCGACUGUCCCAAAGGUCAGGCUUGCUAUGGAAACUCGUGCAUGCCGACGUGCCGCAACGAUCAGAACUGUUUAGCAGAUGAACGCUGCAUACGUGGAACGUGUCGAACGGUCUGCAAUAGUGACGCUUCAUGUACCAACGGAUUGAUGUGCGAAAACCGAAUCUGUCAGACAGGUUGUCGUUCGGAUAACAACUGCCCGAAUAAUCAGGCUUGCGUCAACAAGCAGUGUACGGAUCCAUGCACGGUGUCAGGGCAAUGCGGUACCUGUUCGGAGUGCUCGGUGGUGAACCAUGGAGUACAGUGUAGUUGCCCGAAUGGGUAUUUGGGCAAUCCACUGGUAUCGUGUGCACCUCCACCACAAAAAUGCAACUCUUACUGCUAUUGUGACGAAGAAGGCGUAUUCUGUGCCGAUAAAUGUCGACAGGCUAAGGACUGUGCCUGUGGUCAGACUUGUUCAAGAGGAAGAUGCAGAACAAAGUGUAAUCCAGGAUCUUGUCCUGCUGGUCAACUAUGCCAGAACGGAGCAUGCAUGGCAGGUUGCCAGAGAAAUACGGACUGUCCUGGCGAUAGAUCAUGCGUUAACCGCAAGUGUGUGGAUCCGUGCGCUGGAGGAAAGGCUUGCGGUAGAAAUGCCAUCUGUCAGGUGGCAGACCAUCAAGCACUUUGCCUGUGUCCCGAUGGAUUCCAAGGUGAUCCACGAGAAGGCUGUGUACAAUACGAAUGCCAAACGAACGAGGACUGUGAACUGGAUAAGAAGUGUGUCGUAGGAAAGUGUACAAAUCCGUGCUUGGAGGACGGAGCCUGUGGCGUCAACGCUCAAUGUCGUGUCGUUAACCGACAAGCUCAGUGCUCGUGUACUCCAGGGUUCUUUGGAAACGCUCGUCAAGAGUGUCAACCACUGCAAAAGGACAGCUGUUCGCAGAACCCAUGCGGUGAGAAUACAGUAUGCAGGGAGGACGCAAACGGUUAUGAGUGUACCUGCCAGCCCGGAUGCAUGGGUAAUCCCAAACAGGGUUGUCUGUGCGAAGCUAAGCAGACCAACAAAUGUCACAACUUCCGCUGCGGAACGAAUGCCAUUUGCCGGGUAACGCAGUUUGACGAACCGGAAUGCUACUGUCCACCGUUGUAUCCAGGUGGUGAUCCAUACACGGAAUGUACCAACGAACGAUCGGUAACCGAUUGUCGAACGACCGGAUGCGCCGAAGGAGAAUGCGUCCGAGACGGCACUCAGUUUAUCUGCCGUAACGACGAGUCCUGUGCGAACGAUAUGCAAUGUCCCAAUGAAAAGGCUUGUAUCGGAGGAAAGUGUUCUGAUCCUUGCUCGUUGCGAGGAGCCUGUGGGGAUAACGCCCUGUGCCAAACGGUUCUUCAUAGGCCGCGAUGCUCGUGUCCCAACUGCUACGUCGGUAGACCGAAUGUAGAAUGUAAGCCCGAUCCCAAGUGUCAGGAAGUAAGCACACCGAAGCCCAGCGAUCCCAAGAUCGUCUCGAUCGCCUGCGAAACAGAUAACGAUUGUGAUCCAUCCUUACGAUGUGACGCCAGUGGGCAAUGUAGCGAUCCCUGUACCGUCCCGACCACGUUCGUGUGCGAUCCGAACAAGAAGUGUAUCUCCAGAAGGCACCGUCCAGUUUGCGUUUGUAAACAUGGCUUCAUUGUCAAUGACUAUGGAGAACUGAUCUGUGCCCCCGAGAAACGAGAAUGCCACGGCGAUGACGGUUGCGCCUCCAAUAUGGCCUGUAUCGAUGGAAAGUGUUUGAAUCCCUGUAUGCCCACGGCUACCAGAGGACCAGCCUGCCCGGAAGACAAGGCAUGUCUCGUAAUGGAUCACAAACCAGCCUGUAUCUGCAUGAAGGACUGUAGUCCAUCGCUCUCGAUUUGCCUGCGAGAUAGCGGAUGUCCAGCUGAUCUGGCCUGUCGAAACUACCAGUGUGUCAACCCUUGCGAAUCUACUCAAUGUGCUGACGACACACCAUGCUUUGUCGAAGACCAUAAACCGAUCUGUAAAUUCUGCCCUCCUGGAUUCGUCAGAGAUGCCCAUCAAGGAUGUUUGAAAGCUACAGAAGCACAAGAACAAGAUGAUGAAGAAGUACAGAAGGUGGCGCCCGUCUGUUCGAAACACUCCGAUUGCGGCGAACAGUUACAGUGUUUAGCGGGCCGUUGUCUCGAUCCUUGUAGGUCUGGUUGUGGUCAAUCGGCUGUAUGCACCGUAAAGGCACACGUUCCCACUUGUACCUGUCCCCCGACCCACACCGGCAAUCCCAACCGGAAGUGCAUUCCUAUCAUCCCCACCACCACGGCUUCCGGCGAACCGAUCGACGCAGGUACCACCACUACGGAGUCCUACGGCGGUGACGGCAUCGACAGAUCCGAUGUGUUCAGCACGAUUGAACCGGAUAUGGAUACCGAAUCCGAUGCAACAUCCAGGACCACUACUGGUCAGCCAACCUUGCCACCGCCCGUAACUUAUGCUCCGCCAGAAGCUUCAACGCUGACCGGAGAUAAUUUGCUAACGUCUACCGGUAGAAAGACGUCAGCACAAAUAACGGAAACUACCGAGUCAGCACCUACGACUAGCCCGUCUCAUACUAGUUCACAGCUACCAACGAGUACGGUAGAUGUUUCUAGUGAAGAAUACCUACCAACGUCAACGAAGAUGUACCAAUCAGAUAUAUCAACAGAAGUAACAACGGAAGGAACCACGUUUGAAGUUACGAAGAAAAGACAAGAGACGUUUUCAGAACCGUCCACUACAUCUGGUUUAGCGACUGAUAGCACAGUGCUUCAAACGACCACAGAUAGUAUGACUACGAUAAAGAUUUCCGAUGAAACACCUCAAAAAGUGACGACUGAUAGAUUCAAAGACAUCACCACGGAUACAACGAUAUCGUCAACUCGUAGCUACGAAACGUCUACCAGUCAACCCUAUAGACCAACUGCAUCAACACCUUUUGAAGAAUUUAGCACAUCUUCGAUCGAAGUUAUAACUGAUGUUGAUUUGAAGUCAGAAUCGUCUACUACCACUCACAGUAAAACUGAAGUUCGCACUACAGAAAUACCCUAUUCAACUACGGACUCAGUGAUAACGUCCACCACCCUUGAGCAGAGUGAUACAACCACAAGCCUUCCGUCCACCACCUCUAAGCCCACUGGUACUUUAGUUAAACAGGACCGCAAAACAACCGAACUGGAAACCGACGUUCCACCUACCAUGCUCACCCGACCAACCACCCUUCCGGAUGUAUUGCUAAACCGCAGUAGCACCACUCAAAGCUACGACGAAUACAUGGGUCACGAAGAAGCCACGGUAAAACCGAUCAAAGACCGGAAGGAAACCGAAACUGUAAUCUAUGACGUAGAUUUGACGACAACCACGCAACCCACAAGCGACAGAGGCCCUACGGAACCGGAAGACGAUCGGAGUAUUCCCCUGUCGACAGUUUCGUACAGUGAUAGAGAUGACGAGUAUGACUACGGUAGCGAGGAAGUCGACGAAAGAGAAGACGAAUUACCCAAAACUUCAACCAGCGCUCCAAAAAGUACGGAAUUCACCACGGAAUCCAGAGGUGGUAGAGUCACCGGAAGUACCGAACCGUCAACCGCUUCAACGAUGAGUAUAGACGAUGCAUCUACAACGUUGAAAGCAACAACCACUGAAGACACUAGCACCGUCGAAAUUUCAACCGCCACUCAAGAAUCCACAACUGUACCCGGGGUGAUUACCCACAUCUAUGACUCUGCAACAACAAUGGCGCCACUUGUCCCUUCACAAGUGUGCUUGACAGAUGCAAACUGUUUGCAGAACGAAACCUGCGUCGAUGGUUUUUGCAUUGAUCCCUGCCGGUCCGCCAAUCCUUGUCCCCGUGAUAUCCCCUGCCUCACCCAGAACCACCAACCAAAGUGCCUUUGCAAUAAAGCUGACCCGCUUGAUUCAGCCAAUUGUAUAGAAGAAUCAGAAAUUGGAUGUAGACACAGUGACGAGUGCCCAGCUGAACGAUCCUGCGUCAACGGAGCGUGCAUCAACCCGUGCCAGGCCGGUAAUCCGUGCGAGGCCGGGCAAGAGUGCGAGGUGCAGAAUCACGAAGCGGUGUGCAUCAAACUUUGCCAAUGUCAACGGUCAAGCGACUGCGCUUCCGGUGCUGUUUGUGACGGAUGCAACUGUAUCACGCGAGACACGAACGUCAUCUCUGGCUGCGAGCACUGUCCACCUGGAAUUCCGUGCAACCCGCUGACCGGUGCCUGCGUCAAAGAAACAACAACUGUUAACCUAGAUUUAGAAUAUAAUACCACGACAGCGGUGCCAGAUGUACAUAGCACACACACAGUUUACACGCCACACACAAGCGAGCCAAUAACAACUAAUUACGUAACCCAACUGCCAAUAACCACUGCGCCAACAGCCAAAACUAGUCCACAGUAUGAAAUGUCUUCGUCCGAGAGCACUACCGAACUGCCCUCGUCUAUUGUUACCACGGUUGGAGUGGCUGGGGAAACCACUCCGGCCGAGCUAGGUUCCACCGUUACGUCGUUCGAAGCUACAACUUUGUCCGCAGUAACGCAGAAAGACUACGAAGUGGGUUCCGAUGGUAUGACUAUGGUGGGUAGUGGUGCCGAGGGGAAAACAACUACUUCGCCGUCUCAAACGACUACAGAGAAUGUCAAGACUACAACUGAACGCGUUGUCAUUAGCUCUGUUUCGCCACUCGAAGCCGUAACACAAUCUGUAGUUACGCAGAAAGACUACGAAGUGGUUACCGACGGUACGACAACGGUUGGUACUGGUGCCGAGACAACUUCAGAGGAUAGCAAUACUACAACUAAACACGUAACGUUUAGUAUUGUUACACCGUUCCAUACCACAACUACGUCCGUAGUAACUCAGGAAGAUUACAAAGUGGUUACCGACGGUACAACUACGGUGGGUAGUGGUAUGGAGAGAGAAACAACUGCUUCGCCAUCUCAAACGACUUCAGAGGAUAUCAACACUACAACUGAACGCGUUAUUGUUAGCUCUGAUACUCCGUUCGAAGCCACAACCUCGUCCACUGUAACUCACAAAGACUACGAAGUGGUUAACGACGAUACGACUACGGUAGGUAGUAGUAUCGAAAGUGAAACAACUACUUCGCCAUCUCGAACGACUUCAAAGGAUAUCCAGACAACAACAGAACACAUGACCGUUAGUACUGUUACGCCGGUCGAAGGCACAGCUCACCCCGUAGUUACACAGAAAGACUACGAUGUAAUUACCUCCGGUACGACUACUGUUGGCACUGGUGUCGAGGGAGAAGCAACUGCUUCGCUGUCUCAAACGACUUCAGAGGAUAUCAACACUACAACUGAAAGCGUUACUGUUAGCUCCGCUACAUCAUUUGAUACCACCACUCCGUCCAUAACAACGCAGAAAGACUAUGACACUACAACUGAACGCGUUAUUGCUAGCUCUGUAACACCGUUCGAAGCUACAAUCCCGCCCGUAGUAACGCAGAAAGACUACGAAGUGGUUUCCGAGAGUACGACUACACUCGGUAGUGGUAUCGAAAGGGAAACGACUUCUUCGCCAUUUCAAAUGUCUUCAGAGCAUACCAACACUACAACUGAGCAUGUUACCGUUAGCUCUGUUACGCCGUUUGAAACUACAACUCAUCCCGUUGUAACAAAGAAGGAUUACGAGGUUGCUACAGAGAAGGAACUUCAAACGACUUCAAAGGAUAUCACCACUACCACUGAAUACGUCACCGUCAGCUCUGUUACGCCGUACGACGUCAUAACUCACUCAGUUGUAACGCAGAAGGAUUUUGGGUUGAUUACUGACCGUACAACUACAACGGUUCCAUCGGAUGUCGAAAAAGAAGUUACGUCCCCUGUAUCAAGUACCUAUGCUGCAACCGAUAGCACGGUUACGUCUUACCAUGUGGUUACGCAAACGGGAUAUGAGGUUGCUUCCGAUGGUACGACUACGGAGCGUGCGGAGGAUUCAACUGCUGGAGAAGCAACAACUUUGAAGAAGGUCGAGACAACGACUGAACAUGCUACCAUUAGCACCGAAACCGCGAAUUAUCCCAUAGUAACGCAAAAGGACUACGAUAGAGAUUCAGGCGCAACAACUACGGCUCGUAGUGAUCUCGUGGUGGACACAACUACUGCGCAAGAAACAACACUGAAGGAUUCACACGUUACAGAGCAAAUGCCAACAGCCUCCGAAGCAACGCAGAAGGAUCACGACGUGAAAGCCGGUGUUACAACCACGGUUCGAUAUGAUGCCGAGGAAGUAACAACCAAGACACAAGCAACAGGAAUCAAGGAUACAACCGAAGGUGUUGCAAUCACAACUAUUACGCCAUUUGAAAGCUCCCUAACAACGCAAAAGAUUUAUGACGUAGUUUCUGAUGUUAGAGCUACGGAACCUAGUGGUGUUGUAAGGAAUGCAACAACAUUCAAGGAUACGACAGAACACAUGUCAACAACUGAAGGUGUUACCGAGAGCUCUGUUACGAUGGAUGAAUCCACAAUUCAUGAUGUAGUGACACAAGAAUAUGAGAUGGUUUCCGGUAGCACAACAACGGACCACAGAAGUUCCAGUGAGGCAGCAACUUCUACACAACCAACGACAUUCAAGGAUGUGACCACAACAAUGCAUAUUUCCACAUACGAAGGAUUUACACCUACUGAAACCACGACUCACACUCAGAAAGAUUACGACGUGGCUACUGACUAUACAACUACAGUGCAGAGCGAUGUUGAAACGACGCAGAAAGAGAGUACUACUACGAUACGGGGUGUUACCGAUAUGGAAACCACAACUGCGCAAGGGACGACCCUCAAGAAUGUAGAAACUACAAAGGUCAUGUCAACAUCUACAGACUUCACCGUAAGCUCUGGCACGACGUUUGAGGCUACGACUCAUGUUGUGACGACACGGAAGGAUUACGAGGUGCUGUCUGAGGAUACAACUACGAUUCGUAGCGGUGGUGAUGAGGAAAUCGUUUCUACACAACCAACAACCUUCAAGAGUACAUCGAUCACGGAACAAGCACAGACGACCGAAGCCAUUACCGGUACUGUUGCUUCAUUCAAACCGACGACUACGACUAUAGAGACGCAAAAGGAUUACGUUGGUACGACCACGGAAGAACCAGCAUCGACGGCAACUGAAAAGUUACCAGCAACAACACAACGGAUUCCAUUAACCUCGGAAGUAGAUUCGGAAACGCCGUUUGCUCAAACCACUCAUUCAACUGAUGGAGACGUUAAUUUCAGCACUGUGAAUGCGGAGCAGAUACGUUCUACAACUGUUACAUAUGUGACAGUGACGGAACUUGAGAUCGAUCGCAAUGACAGUGCGACUGAAACAACAACAUCAUCGACAGAUUCAUACAGCACUCUUCGCGAUGAGGAUACUGAUGUAACAGGAAAGACCGCUUCAUCGACUCCAACUACAUUUACAGCUGUACCCUAUGAACCAACGACUCAAACUGUUGUAACGCACAAAGGAUACGAUCUGGUUUCAAAUGGAACAACCACAACUCGCACUUCUUCCGGAAUGACUGAUGCUUAUACUACUCAAGGAUUAACAGUGACUGAUCGUUCUUCCUCUAGCACUGGAAAACCUGAUUACGAUCGAACGUCAGGUCCAACACAAGAAGUUGAGCUAUCGACCAAGAAAAUGGAAUAUGACGAAGCUACCAGCUCGACUCAAGCAUCCAAAACAACACCUAGUAGUUCUACAACGCCAGAAACCACAGCUUAUACCUACCGAGACUAUAGCGAGUCAGAAUAUACAACUAAGCGUCAGGAAACCACUGCUUACGAUUCGAUAAUCAGCCGAACUACUGAGGAGUCCAACGCAGGAUUUACUCCAGUUUACAAUGGGACAGACUACACAACGGAUUCAAGAACUACGACAUUCCAGACUAGUCCAGGAACAUCGCAUGGUCCAUCAUUCGAAUCCACUACUUCAAACUGGGAAACAACGGAAUCACCUUCGGAUAUACCUCCGAUGAAAACCGCUGAAGGGCCCAAGCACACUACAGACUACGCAGAUACUACGACCCAUUCAGAGUAUACUGUAGAUGGUGAUCUAACUACUACAUCCAAAACUUCAACGGAAAGUACCACAAUUAAAGGAACAACUACAGUGCUUUCUGAAGCUUCAUCAACAAUUUUGGAUACUACAACCAUUACUUCAGCCAUGAACGCUACGACUGUAUCGAGCAAAAUGGUUACCGAAGAACAAACGGAUAUGGCCGCUAGUACAACCAAACAAGGACCAGACGGCACUUCAACAGAAGCGACUGAAAGAGCAUCCGGAACGACUCCCGAUUAUACUACCCAUCGGGCAGUUACCGAGCCCACAGUUACUCAAAGGGAUUAUCCUAGCUCAAUGGAAGCGGAUAUAACGGAUUUGACUACCACAGUUGGUAGUUUGACGGAUAAAGAACUGAGUGCAACACCUGGAGAAACUUUUGUAACUACUACGAUGGAGCCAGGAACAACUCGAACCGUGGAUAGCGUUCCAAAAACUACCAUACAAGCAGUUGACGAUGGAUUCACUACAACAACCUCGCAAGCAAUAGCAAGUACCUCGUUUACUGAAGCGGACAUGGUUACAACAACAGUCAAGGCUUUACCUGCUGAGCAAGACACUACCGAAGCCACUUCACCAUAUUAUGAGGCAACAACAGGAUUUUCUCGGCAUACUGACACAACCGAGCCAACAGUGAUGAAGGCAGUUACAACAGAAUCAUCCUCUACUGGUUCAACCGUAGUUGUGCCUAUUACACGGUAUCCGCCAGAUAGAUAUCCAACACAGUUCACCACAGAUUCUUCCUAUGACACAUCUACCGCAACGACUGAAGCCGUUAAGGAAUUAGAGACUACCAUAAGUAUAGAGCAGACUAGAGAUUCUACUACAAAGAGAAUCUCACUUACUACCACGGUAACAGAUGAAGAAGAAAGAUUUGUGAAAACUACCGAAACAACUUCAACGGCACAAUUCACAGAUUCUGAAGUGGAACUGCAUUCCACAACUGAAGGAUACACUACUAUUUCAUCGGGAUCGACGAUGGACGUCACGCCGCAUUCCACAAAUUUGGAUAAAGGUCACGGUACAAGUACUCCAGAUUUCACCAAAGAUAUGACCUCUACUUAUGCAGUACAUGAUGCAACGUCAUCAAGUGACAAGUUCACAACGCAAAGUGCAGAGGCGACCACUUCUACGCAAGGAUCAGUUCCACAUGAAGUUGAAUCUUCUAGAGAUGGUACAACUACAGAGACUGCCUCGACUGUCAAGGACAUGGAAGAAGUUACCACUAGCACUGCUCAUACAUCUGAGUAUGGCUCUACCAGUGUAAGCGAGAUGUCAACUGUGGGACACACCACAGAACAAAAGGAAAGUACAGUGCAUUCGGAUGUCACUACUGAACAACUUUCUUCCGUUAAUGAAGUUUCGACAGAGUACGGUGGUCAAACUACUGCCAAGUAUACAUUGGAACGUGAUCAGGCGAAGACAACUAUACAGUACACGGAGGAUACACAACAACAAACAACUACGCAACCUUCAGUUACAGGUCAAGAUGAAAUGACUUCAACAGAGGACCGCAAAACAGAAACAACCGGAAAAGUUGAACAACAUACUUCAACAGAAAAAUACACAACGGAAUUGGGAGAAGCAACCUCAAGUACAGCAUUUGAAUCUAUAACGAAGGAUGAAGGAUUGGUCACAUCUACAGCGUAUCCAGGCAUCACCGACCGAAUCAAGGAGCCUCUCGAUUCAACAUUCAAACCAACCCCGAAAGAUAAAGCAGACGUUACAACAUCGGAAAUUACUGAAACCACUGCGGAGACCACAACGCAAAUCAGCCCAGAACAAACCACAAUAUUACAAUCAACCAUACAGGAUCACGAGACUACUGUGAGACUCCAUAGAAACACGACGAUUGAGAUAACGACUUUGCGAACACCUCUGAAGGAUCAUGAAGAGAAAACAACCACUGGAAUGCCAGAAACUUCAUUGUACUCGGAAAGUAAGGAUGAAACGACUUCAGGAACACCUACUGUGAGUGAUAUGGAAAGCACAACACCAAUCGGAAAACAAGAAACCACUUCUGUGGAGUUUGUAGACGUCACUAUGAAGCAGUCUACGAUGCAAGACCAUAGUGAGUCAACGACACACAGAUAUGAAAGGCCGUUUGUAUCAACGCAAUCUGCAGAUACAACGACAUGGAAAUUCACAAAGAAAGAUAAAGAGGAAACUACCACGUCAGGAAUGUACGAUCACACAACUUCCAUUCCAGACACCACAGUAACGACAAUUACAGAAACAACAAUUGUGAAGGAGGGAGGGUCAACGUCAGUUUAUUCUACGCAACAACCGGCAAUCACCACAACGCGCUCUUCGGAUAAGGAAGAACAAGUGACAACACAACAGACAACUACCACUAUGUCUUCAGGGAAGGAUGAAGAACAAAAGCCGAGUUCUGCCACAGAACCAACUACUUUGGGUGAAGAAAUAACGACACCAUUAGGAUAUGAUAGAACAACAACUUCUUUCGAUGAAACGAAAACAACUUCUUCAACAAUCGACCAAGAAAGUACCACAGUUGAAGCAUUCAGCGACGCAACAACCCAUUCCAGUUCAGAGGAAACAACCACUGCCAAGGGCAGAAUCACAACAACAGCGCACAGCGCUGAUUCUACUACGGAAGAUCAAUCCGAUAUAACAAAGCUAGCAUCUACGGAUAAGCUUACGUCAAGUCAUGCACCUGAAACAACUACGGAGAAAGAUAACUCAACUACGCUUGGUUCUUUCAAGGAUGAACAGAUUAUCACUACACUGGAGCCUACAGAAAGCGCGACAUCUUCUAUACCACUAGAAAUUGCGGUAACCACAGAAUACACAACAAGUAAAAGCUCUAUCUCGACUAAGCAUUACGCAGAUGAGUUGACGACCACUACAGUUCCAACAUCUUCUAUAGAUAGUGGAAGCUUGAUGACAAGCACCAAGAAAGCUACGGUUAUUGGUGAGAUUGGCCUCACUGAGGAAACGUCGACUACAUCGCAAACUACUACGCUUGGUCUGAGCACGUCACCUCCGAAAGAGGGCACAUCAGAAAGUCCCAACAUGACAACUAUGAGCCAUCAGCAAUCAACAGUAACUACUAAGACAACAACUGAAGGAACCACGAUGGAAACAACAGAAUUACGCGAGAUUGGCAGUACAAGACAUCCCGAGGCUCAUACAACUGAAACUAUUACCACAAGUAGUUCUUUGAUAAACGAACCCUUUGCAAAUCGUACAACAAUGCCUUCUACAACAGAUUUAGGUUUAGAUUUAGGUUUCACGACUGUCCCCACCACUACACAUACCGUCGAAGACAUUUCUACUGAAUCGUCGAUCCCAUAUACACAAUCAACCCCCGUGGAUGGUUCACUGUCCACAAACGUACCUCCGUUGAGUGAUACUGCGAUGACCACAAUCCCCACACCGUCAAGGGCCUGUGAGACCUCCUCUGAUUGCGAGAUAUCCGAAAUAUGCAAACUAUCACACUGUAUUCCUAAAUGUACAGACAAGACACCUCCCAAUACACCCUGCGCAAAAGAACCUCCUGGCACGCCCAAAAUCCCCGAACCCUGCCAAUCGGAUGCCGACUGUAUUGAAACGGAGGUUUGCUUUAUGGAGGUGUGCGAGGAUCCCUGUCUGUUUGACGGCGUCUGCGCACCAACGGCAACCUGCCACGCCAAAAUGCACCGACCAAUCUGCACGUGUCCCCCGGGCCACGAGGGUAACCCAACGAUCAAGUGCACUCCACUGGAACCAAUCCAAUGCACCUCGAGUGACGAAUGUCCGCUUAUGGAAGCCUGUGUCGGAAACGUAUGUCGUCGUCCAUGCGACGUCAAGAACCCGUGUGCUCCGAAUGCAGUUUGCAUCAACCGGAAUCACGGCUCUGAGUGCAGCUGCAUCGAAGGCUAUCACGGAAACGGUUUCGUAUCAUGUCAACCAGUGACCACUCCAGGUUCAGUAUGCCAGUACAACGAAGAUUGUCCACCGGAAAAGCUCUGCGAUCGGCUAAACCGCGUGUGCAUCAACCCAUGUCAAGAGGAUUCCUGCGGAGACAAUGCCGAGUGCUUCCCCCGUAAUCAUGGCGUUGAGUGCCGUUGCCGAAGUGGAUUCUCUGGAAACGCGUAUAUCGAGUGCGUCCAACUACACGGUUGCCGGUCCGAUAGCGAGUGCAGUUCGCAUGAAGCUUGCAUCAACGGGCAGUGCGUGUCUCCAUGCCAAUGCGGACCGAAUGCACUAUGCGAUGUUCGCAAUCACAAACCGCAAUGCAAGUGUCCUCCUGGAUACAGAGGGGAUGGCAGACAAGGAUGUAGUCCACCGAGCAAUCCGUGCGAUCCCAAUCCAUGUGGUUUGAACGCCAUGUGCGAAGUCGAUGCCGGUAGCCCAGUGUGUUUCUGUCCAAAGGGAUUGACUGGAAACCCGUUCAAGAAUUGCAUUCCCGAAGGAGAUGAAUGCUCGCCGAAUCCUUGCGGACCAAACACCGGAUGUCGUAAAAUCAAUGGGCAAGCUGCCUGCUUCUGUUUGCCAGAAUACGAAGGAAACCCUCCGGAGGUACCUUGCAAACUGCCACACAACCCAUGCGAACCGUCACCCUGUGGACCUAAUACGCAAUGCACGAUACUGAACAACGGCUUUGCCAAGUGUACGUGUCUCAGUGGAUACAUUGAAAGCCCCAACACCAUCCGUGGUUGUAUCGAGCCACGGAAUCCAUGCGAACCGAACCCUUGCGGAUUUGGUGCCGUCUGUGACUCGUCACGUAACCCAGUAUGCUACUGUCCGGAAGGAAGCAUUGGAAAUCCAUUCCGUAGCUGCGCAGAACCAGUUGUAACGCCCGAGCUAUGCAAACCGGGACCAUGCGGAGCUAACUCCGAUUGCUACAUCGCUGAAGGCCGUGAACAAUGUUACUGCCGAUCGGGAUACAUUGGAGAUCCAUACGCUGGAUGCAUCGAACAGCCACGAUCAGUUUGUGAACCGAAUCCUUGUGGACCUGGAGCGGAGUGUCUGAUUCUUACCGAUGGAUCACCAGCGUGUCGGUGUCCUCCAGGUCUCAGUGGAGAUCCAACCAGCGCUGAGGGGUGCCAUGGAUACGAAUGUCGCGUGGAUAACGAUUGUGCAGCUGAAGAGGCGUGCAUUGGCUUCCAAUGUGUAGAUCCUUGUCCGGGUUCGUGCGGAACAGGAGCCCACUGUAGAGUGGAGAAACAUCAUCCCGUUUGCUUCUGCGAUGCGGGUCUAACAGGAAAUCCUGCUUACCGUUGUUACGCACUGGACACACCUGUACCGGAUAACCAAUGCAAACCUGGAGUAUGCGGUGUCAACACUCAGUGCACCAUGCGUAACCGAAGACCAGUUUGCAAGUGUUUACCGAACUACAAGGGUGAUCCAAAGAGGGGAUGCAAACCGGAAUGUGAACUUAACUCUGACUGCCCAACGGAUAAGGCUUGCUACAACAGGCGGUGUAUACCACCGUGUAACGGAGCAGUUUGCGGUGUGAACGCUGAAUGUCAAGUCGAAUACCACACCCCAAUGUGUAAGUGUCCGAACGGCUACACCGGAGAUGCGUUCGUGCAGUGCGUAUUGAUCCCAGAAGAUAGAAACAUGACGCGUCAACCAUGCCAGUCAUCGCCAUGUGGACCUCAGGGAGUAUGCUCAGUCUACGGUAAUGAUGUGGCCUUAUGUGAUCCAUGCUCGACCCCAGAUGCCAUCCAUAACCCUCGGUGCAGACCACAAUGUGUAUUAAACACCGAUUGUCCAUUCAAUCUAGCGUGUUUGCAAGGUAAAUGCCAGGACCCUUGUCCAGGUUCUUGUGGAUACAACGCUGUAUGUACGGUAGAGCAACACCGUCCGGUAUGCUCCUGUCCUCCAGGAUUGUACGGAAAUCCAUACGAAAGAUGUAUUCAGCAAGAUACGCCACUUGAAACUUGCGACACAAUUCGUUGUGGGGCAAACACCGACUGCAAACGAAUGAGUGGCGUAUUGGCUUGUGUCUGCAAAAAGAACUACUUCGGAGAUCCUCUUGUUGGAUGUAGACCUGAGUGUGUAAUCAACACAGAUUGUCCGAGCAACAAAGCCUGCGUAAACAAUCGAUGCCAAGACCCGUGCGUUGGAGUAUGUGGUGUAAGCGCUUUAUGCAAAGUCGUAAACCAUAUUCCGGUAUGCUACUGUCCACCUUCCCAUACAGGUGACGCAUUGAUUGCUUGUACGGAGAAAGCUUAUCUACCUCCGGAUACUACGCCUUGCGAUCCGAAUCCAUGUGGUCCGAAUAGCAAGUGCCUAACCACACCCGACAAUUACGCUGUGUGCUCAUGUCUGCCAGGGUUCCGAGGAGUGCCACCAGCUUGCCAGGCCGAAUGUAUGAUCAACGCUGAAUGCCCUCAGAAUAAGGCCUGCAUCAAUUUGAAAUGCGUUGAUCCAUGUCCAGGAACGUGUGGUGUCGGAGCCAGAUGUGAAGUUUUGAACCACAACCCAAUCUGUAGCUGCGGACCAAACCAAGAAGGAGAUCCAUUUGUCAUCUGUGAGGGUAGACAAAAGGAACCUCCAACCCAGACACCAAAGAAUCCAUGCGAACCAUCGCCAUGCGGUAUGAACUCGAUUUGUCAAGUGAAACGCAAUCGUCCAGUUUGUUCGUGUCAGCCGAACUUCAUCGGAAGUCCUCCACACUGUCGACCGGAAUGUGUCCUUAGCGCAGAAUGUCCACAAGACAAGGCUUGUAUCAACGAAAAGUGCCAGAACCCUUGUGCAAACGCAUGUGGAGCCAAUGCGGAAUGUCAUGUUGUUGCUCACUCCGCCUUCUGUAACUGCAAGCAAGGAUAUGAAGGAGAUGCUUUUGUUGGAUGCUCGGAGGUACAAAGGGGUCCACCAGAACCAAGAGACCCUUGCUACCCCAGUCCUUGUGCCGAAAAUGCGCUAUGCUCAGCUGUAAACGGAGCUGCCAAAUGUACGUGCAUUGCUCCGUAUCUGGGAGAUCCUUAUAAUACAGGAUGUAGACCUGAAUGUGUACUGCAUGCCGAUUGCGCAAGUCCACUAGCCUGUAUCAAUCAACAUUGCCGGGAUCCUUGUCCUGGAAUAUGUGGAUCAAACGCCGAAUGUACCGUGAUUAACCAUAUGCCAGUGUGUGAAUGUAAUCGAGGUUUUCAAGGCGAUCCAUUCCGCGGAUGCCGCCCGUUGGUUUCACACCAAGACACACCUUCGGACCCAUGUGCCCAAUGCCCGUCCAAUAGCGUAUGCCGAAUUGUACAAGGUCGCCCAACGUGCUCAUGCCCCGAAGGAUAUCGUGGUGCUCCUCCUGCGUGCAGGCCAGAGUGCUCCAGUAAUGAAGAAUGUCCUCAUGAUCAAAGUUGUAUCAAUCUGAAAUGCAAGGACCCUUGUCCAGGGCUUUGCGGAGUCAAUGCGCAAUGCCAGGUCAUCAAUCAUAAACCGUUCUGCAGCUGCUUACGAGAUUACUACGGAAAUCCGUUUGAGCAGUGUAUGCCGAAGCCAGCAGAACCAGUUCAUCCAUGCCAGCCAAGUCCAUGUGGACCGUAUUCCGAAUGUCGCGAAGUGAACGAUCGAGCUGUAUGUUCAUGUGUAGCUGGUAUGCUUGGUGCUCCACCAAACUGCCGUCCCGAGUGUGAAACUCACCAAGACUGUCCUUCAAACCGAGCAUGUUUCGCACAGAAAUGCAAAGACCCGUGCGUUGGGUCCUGCGGCUUCAACGCUCAAUGCGUUUCUCGCGAUCACCGCCCCGAGUGCUACUGUAUGGAAGGAUUCGAAGGUGACCCAUAUACCGGAUGCAGCCCUAGAGUCAUCUACAGAGAUGAAAUACUAGAACCUUGCAACCCGUCGCCAUGUGGAUCAAAUGCUAUCUGUAAAGAACGUAAUGGUGCUGGCUCUUGUACUUGCAUGCAAGACUAUUUUGGUGAUCCCUAUGUUAGCUGUAGACCCGAAUGCGUUCAGAAUUCAGACUGUCCGUACGACAAGUCAUGCGUCAAUACCAAGUGUGUUGAUCCAUGCAUAGGUACCUGCGGUCUGAACGCCGAAUGCCGUGUACAUAACCAUGCUCCUACUUGCACGUGUGUCAAUGGAUUCGUGGGCAAUCCAUCACUUGCCUGUCACCUUCUUGUUAUAGAAAAACCUAAAGACGAGCCUAUAGACCCUUGUGUACCAUCACCGUGUGGGCCAUACAGCAUUUGUCGGGUAGUGAGUAACCACGCCGUUUGCUCAUGUCAGGAUUUCUGUAACGGGUCACCACCAAACUGUAGACCCGAGUGCAUGAUCAAUUCCGAGUGCUCUCGGGACAAGUCAUGCAUAAACCAGCGUUGCGUCGACCCUUGCCCUGGAACAUGCGGCGUAAACGCCAGAUGUCGUACCGUUAAUCACAAUCCGAUAUGUAGUUGCAAUCCUGGAUUUAUGGGUGAUCCGUUUGUCAGAUGUUCUCCUGAACCGACUAAACCUAUAGUAGUACAAGAUGAGAACCCUUGUCAACCAUCUCCUUGUGGUCCAAAUUCUGUAUGCCGAGUACAAAGUAACCGCGCAGUUUGCUCAUGUGUGCCCAAUUACAUUGGACGUCCGCCGAAUUGUCGACCUGAAUGUGUCGUCAACUCUGAAUGUCCACUGCAACAGGCAUGUGUGAACGAAAAAUGCGUCGAUCCGUGUCGCGGAUCUUGUGGCCCCAACGCAGAGUGUAGAGUCGUGUCACACAGACCCAUGUGCACGUGCUAUCCCGAUUACACGGGUGAUCCAUUUUCGGGUUGCAAUAGAGUGCAAAUUACCUAUGAUCCACCACCAAUGCCGUGUACACCGAAUCCAUGCGGUGUCAACGCCGUAUGUAGGGAACAAAAUGGAGCUGGUUCAUGUUCUUGUUUACCGGAGUACUUUGGCGACCCUUAUGUAGGUUGCAGACCCGAGUGUGUCAUGAAUAGUGACUGCCCAAGAACUCGAUCUUGUAUCAAUAGCAAAUGCGUUGAUCCCUGUCCAGGAACAUGCGGCAGCAAUGCCGAAUGUUAUGUCGUUAACCAUGCCCCAAGUUGUACUUGUAUUGCCGGAUAUAUUGGAAAUCCGUUCACGGCUUGUACACCAGAGCCCGAGAUUCGAGAAGAACCGAUCAAUCCGUGCCAACCAUCGCCCUGUGGGCCCAACAGCAUCUGUCGGGUGAUCAACAACCACGCCGUUUGCUCUUGCGUUACAAAUUACAUCGGUGCUCCUCCGAAUUGUCGACCGGAGUGUGUCGUUAGUUCCGAGUGUCCUUUGGACAAGGCUUGUAGUGGCCAGAAGUGUAAAGAUCCUUGUCCGGGAACUUGCGGGCUGAAUGCACGCUGCCAGGUAGUCAAUCACAAUCCAAUCUGCAGUUGCAAGAGCGGUUUCACUGGCGACCCAUUCGUACGAUGUGUGCCAGAAGAAAAACGACCUAUCGUAAGCGACCCUGUAAACCCUUGCCAGCCAUCACCAUGUGGACCAAAUUCACAAUGCAAGGCUGUAGGCAAUACUGCUGCUUGCUCGUGUCUUCCAAAUUAUGUGGGACGAGCACCUAACUGCCGCCCAGAGUGCACAUCCAAUUCACAGUGCUCGCCAAUGCAAGCCUGUAUCAACGAGAAAUGCAAAGACCCAUGCCCUGGAUCAUGCGGAACAUACGCUACUUGCGUCGUGCAGAAUCAUCAGCCUAGCUGCAAAUGUUACGAUGGAUAUACCGGAGAUCCUUAUUCGGCAUGCAUGCCUAUUCCAAUUCAACGCGAACCAGAACACGUUGAUCCAUGCAAUCCUUCGCCAUGCGGAGUGAACGCUGAGUGCAAUGUACGUAAUAAUGCCGGUUCUUGCACUUGUUUGCCGGACUAUUUCGGUGAUCCGUAUCAUGAGUGCAGACCCGAAUGUGUCCUAAAUACCGAUUGUCCAAAGACACGAUCUUGUUUGAAUAACAAGUGCAAAGAUCCGUGCCCGGGCAUGUGCGGACUCAACGCGGAAUGCUUCAUCUCCAACCAUGCUCCGACGUGUUCUUGCCUAUCAGGAUACACGGGUAAUCCAUCGGUUGCGUGCCACGAGAUACCCAAAUCUGACCCAGUUCCACAGAACCCUUGCCGGCCGUCCCCUUGUGGGCCAUACAGCGAAUGUCGUGAAGUUAACAACCACGCAGUAUGCUCUUGUCAGAAAAAUUACAUCGGUACACCUCCGGCAUGCCGACCGGAAUGUACCGUAAGCUCGGAAUGUCCUUUGGACAAGGCUUGCAUGCACCAGAAGUGCGUUGAUCCAUGCCCCGGAACUUGCGGGUUGAACGCUCGAUGCAAUGUAAUAAACCAUAACCCGAUCUGCAGCUGCUCUCCUGGAUUUACUGGCGAUCCUUUUGUACGGUGUCUGCCGGAAGAAAAAGACUUGGAACCCAAGGUCCCCGAAAACCCAUGCGUACCCAAUCCGUGCGGUCCCAACUCGCAGUGCCGUGCGGUUGGGAACGUUCCGGCGUGCUCUUGUUUGCCUAACUACAUCGGACGUGCACCAAACUGCCGACCAGAGUGCACCAUCAAUUCGGAAUGUCCCGGAAACCUUGCGUGCAUGAACGAAAAAUGCCAAGACCCAUGCCCAGGCUCCUGCGGCCCCAACGCUGUCUGUAACGUGAUUAAACACUCCCCCGUAUGCUCCUGCUCGUCCGGCUAUACCGGUGAUCCCUUCUCUGGGUGUAUGACUAUUCCUCCUCCACCGAUACGGGACGAACGACAAGAUCCCUGUAAUCCAUCGCCGUGUGGAUCAAAUGCAGUUUGUAAGGAACGUAACGGUGCUGGCUCUUGUACAUGUUUGCCGGAAUACUUUGGCGAUCCGUACAGUGGAUGCCGUCCGGAAUGCGUGACCAAUAGCGACUGUCCACGUAACAAGGCAUGUGUCAAUAACAAAUGUAAAGACCCAUGUCCAGGGGUUUGCGGUAUCAACGCCGAAUGUUACGUGGUCAACCAUUCGCCUAGUUGCUCUUGUAUUUCGGGCUUUACUGGGGAUCCACUGUCCGCUUGUCACGAACCAACUCCUCCGAAGCAAGAUGUGCCAAUCAAUCCGUGUUCACCGUCUCCGUGCGGACCCAAUAGCAUAUGCCGCGAAAUCAACGGACACGCGGUUUGCUCUUGUCAAACUGGUUUCAUUGGAACUCCACCAAGUUGUCGGCCUGAAUGUUCUGUUAGUUCCGAAUGUGCCAUGGACAAGGCUUGCAUUAAUCAAAAAUGCCAAGAUCCGUGUCCGGGAACAUGCGGACAAAAUGCACGUUGUCAGAUCGUCAACCAUAGCCCUAUCUGUAGCUGUUCUCCUGGCUUUACCGGGGAUCCCUUCAUUAGGUGUCUACCGGAAGAAAAACGCCCUGUGAUAUCUGAUCCUAUUGAUCCAUGUGUGCCGUCUCCUUGCGGACCAAACUCGCAGUGCCGAGCUGUUGGCAAUACGCCGGCUUGCUCUUGCCUUCCGAACUAUAUCGGCAGGGCACCCAACUGCCGGCCGGAGUGUAUGAUAAACGCCGAGUGUCCGGCCAAUCUGGCCUGUGUGAACGAAAAAUGUAAAGAUCCUUGCGUAGGCUCCUGCGGCCUCAAUGCCAUUUGCACUGUAAUUAAGCACAAUCCAGUCUGCGAAUGCCAGGCUGGAUUCACCGGGGAUCCAUUUUCAGUUUGCACAGAGAUCAUUCAGCGAGCCCCUGAACCCGCCAAUCCUUGCAAUCCAUCGCCAUGCGGAGCUAAUGCCGUAUGUAAGGAGCGCAACGGUGCUGGAUCUUGUUCAUGUUUGCCGAACUAUUUCGGUGACCCAUACACUGGAUGCCGACCGGAAUGUGUACAGAACUCCGAUUGCGACAAGUUCCGAGCAUGCGUGAAUAAUAAGUGUAAGGAUCCAUGCCCCGGAGUUUGCGGAUUAAACGCAGAAUGCCGAGUACAAAACCAUAGUCCCAUUUGUUUGUGUUUGGAAGGCUACGGUGGUGAUCCAACAAGGGGUUGCACAUUCCAGGAAACAUUAACCGAACGACCUAAAGAUUUUGGCUGCUCUCCAUCGCCUUGCGGACCAAACAGCAUUUGCCGAGAGGUCAAUGGUCAUCCGGUGUGUUCGUGUGAACAGGGAUAUAUUGGAACGCCGCCAUCCUGCCGACCGGAGUGUGUGGUCAGCUCGGAGUGUAGCCAGGACCGAGCAUGCGUUAAUCAGAAAUGUAUCGAUCCAUGCGCGGGCACUUGUGGAACGAACGCUCGUUGUCAAGUCGUAAACCACUCUCCGAUCUGCAGCUGUUCGUCAGGAUUCACCGGAGAUCCGUUUAUUCGGUGUGUGAAGCAGGAAGUCGUGUACGAUCCUGUUGACCCAUGUUUGCCUUCGCCAUGUGGACCGAACGCACAGUGCCGAGUGGUAGGAACACAAGCUGCCUGCACGUGCCAGCCGAACUACAUUGGUCGACCACCGAAUUGCCGUCCGGAAUGUACCAUCGAUGCCGAAUGUGCUAGUAAUUUGGCGUGUCAAAAUGAACGCUGUAUUGACCCGUGUCCGGGAGCAUGCGGCAGCAACGCUAUCUGCCAGGUGGUCAACCACCGUGCUGUUUGUCAAUGCAGCGAUGGGUACGAAGGUAACCCAUUGGUACAAUGUGACCGAUCUGUUCCACCAACGACAGAACGAUUGACACCAUGUACGCCGUCUCCGUGUGGACCAAACGCCGAGUGCAGGGAAAGAAACAACGCUGGAGCUUGCUACUGUUUACCGAACUAUGAAGGAAAUCCGUACGACGUGUUUAGCGGGUGCCGAAGGGAAUGUGACCUGAACAGUGACUGUGCCGAGAAAUUAGCGUGUGUAAACUACAAGUGUGUUGAUCCUUGUCCAGGUGUGUGCGGAGCUCAGGCGCUAUGCGAGAUUGUAAACCACGUGCCGACGUGCGUCUGCCCAGAAGGAAUGAUAGGUGAUCCGUUUACACGGUGUGUACUGAGACAGGAAGAAGAGCAAACUAGGGCACCACCAGUUUGCGACCAGAGCACGUGCGGGCCGAACAGUAUUUGUCGCAUACAGAACGGUGUGGCCAUUUGUAAAUGCCAGCCGGAAAUGACCGGAAGCCCUCCAAACUGCAGACCAGAAUGUCAACUCAGCACUGAAUGUGACUCGCAACGAGCCUGCGUCAACUAUAAGUGCAUCGAUCCAUGUCCCGGUUCUUGUGGACAGAAUGCCAAGUGUCAGGUGAUUAACCAUAACCCGAUCUGCAGCUGCAGUCCGGACUACACUGGCGAUCCAUUCUCACGAUGCUACAAGGAAGUCCGCACUACAACGCAACGUCCUCCGACGCCAUGCGUCCCAUCUCCAUGUGGACCGAACGCCGAGUGCAAGGUGGUUGGCAGCAAGGAAGCCUGCUCGUGUCUACCGGAUUACAUCGGAACGCCACCAAAUUGCCGUCCGGAGUGUGUGCUCAGCAACGAGUGCGCCCAGAAUCAGGCCUGCAUCCGGCAGAAGUGUACCGACCCGUGUCCGGGAUCGUGCGGCCUCAACGCGCGCUGUACAGUGAUCAACCACACGCCGAGCUGCUCUUGCGAGGAAGGACACACGGGCGAUCCAUUCACCGGCUGCCAAUUCAUCCAAGCCGAUAUCCCCAAAGAGAAUCAGUCCCCUUGUGUGCCCAGUCCGUGCGGGGCCAAUGCCAUCUGUCGGGAGCAGAACGGUGCCGGGUCGUGUACCUGCAUCGAGGAUCACUUUGGCAAUCCCUACGAGGGUUGCCGUCCCGAGUGUGUCCUGAAUUCGGAUUGUCCUACGAAUCGGGCCUGCAUUCGUAACCGCUGUCAGGACCCGUGCCCCGGAACGUGCGGCCAGGCCGCCGAAUGCCAAGUUGUCAAUCAUCUAUCGUCGUGCACCUGCAUCGAUGGAUACGAGGGAGAUCCCUUCCGUUAUUGCCAUAUCAAACAAAGAGAACCCGUCGUAAGUCAGGAUCCUUGUCAGCCGAGUCCAUGUGGUCCCAACAGUCAGUGCAGGGAAGUGAAUGGACAGCCAGUCUGCUCUUGCUUGCCCACAUACGUUGGUUCUCCACCUGGAUGUCGACCGGAAUGUGUGACAAGUUCUGAAUGUACCAUGGAUAGGGCAUGUAUCAAUCAAAAGUGCGUCGACCCUUGUCCAGGAACGUGUGGCGCUAAUGCAAGAUGCAAUGUAAACAAUCAUAGUCCGAUAUGCUCGUGUCGUUCGGGUUACACUGGAGAUCCGUUCACUCGAUGUUAUCCCAAUCCACCACCUCCUCAAGAUACUCAAAUCAUUAUCCGAGAUCCUUGCGUCCCUUCGCCGUGUGGAGCUAACUCACAAUGUCGUAACAUUAAUGGAGCGCCAUCAUGCUCUUGUCUAGGCAACUACAUUGGAUCACCACCUAACUGUAGACCCGAAUGUACAAUCAAUGCCGAAUGUCCAAGUAAUCAAGCCUGUAUGAACGAGAGAUGUAGGGAUCCCUGCCCUGGUUCAUGCGGAGUAGGAGCUAGAUGCAACGUUCUCAAUCAUACUCCGAUAUGUACCUGUGAAGUUGGAUAUACGGGAGAUCCAUUCACGAGUUGUUAUCCAGAACCACCACCUCCAAGAGAACCAGUGCGAGAUGACCCAUGCAAUCCAUCUCCGUGUGGACCUAAUGCACAAUGCAACAAUGGAAUAUGCACAUGCCUACCGGAAUAUCAAGGAGAUCCAUAUCAAGGAUGUCGACCUGAAUGCGUCCUGAAUUCAGAUUGUCCAAGAGAUAAGGCUUGUAUACGCAACAAGUGCGUUGACCCUUGUCCAGGAACGUGUGGCCAAGACGCCUUGUGCGAAGUCAUCAACCACAUUCCAAUGUGUAGUUGUCCAAACGGAAUGGCUGGAAACGCUUUUGCGCAGUGUAGACCUCAACAGGCUCCACCAGUGAGCAACCCGUGCAAUCCAUCUCCAUGCGGUCCUAACAGUCAAUGUCGUGAAAUUAACGGUCAAGCUGUAUGCUCAUGUGUUCCUGGGUACAUUGGAAGUCCGCCAACUUGUAGACCAGAAUGUGUUGUUAGCUCGGAAUGUCCACAGAACCAAGCUUGCAACAACCAGAAAUGUAGAGAUCCAUGUCCAGGAACUUGUGGCGUUGGCGCUCGAUGUUCCGUAGUCAAUCAUAAUCCAAUUUGCAGCUGCCCUGAGCGAUACACCGGUGAUCCGUUCAUUCGUUGUCAACCCAUAAUUGAACCUCUCGUACAAAUGACACCUGUCAAUCCAUGUCAACCGUCUCCAUGUGGUCCAAACGCGGAAUGCCGACCUGUUGGUGAUUCGCCAUCAUGCACGUGCUUAGAUAACAUGAUUGGUUCACCUCCCAACUGUCGACCUGAGUGCAUCAGUAACUCAGAAUGCGCCAGUAACCUUGCAUGUAUUCGUCAGAAGUGCCAAGAUCCAUGCACGGGAGCUUGUGGAGCAAACGCUGAGUGCCGAGUCGGCAGUCAUACACCUAUGUGCAUCUGUUCGAUCGGAUAUACCGGCGAUCCGUUCACUCAGUGCUUGCCUGUUCAACAGGACGUCCCAAGAGAACCAACGUCGCCCUGCACUCCGAGCCCCUGCGGAGCCAAUGCCAAUUGUAGAGAAAGAAAUGGUGCCGGUUCAUGUGUCUGCAUCGAAGAUUAUUUUGGAAACCCAUACGAAGGAUGCCGACCGGAAUGCGUUCUGAACUCCGAUUGUCCAUCUAAUCGAGCAUGUGUCCGUAACAAAUGUCAAGAUCCAUGUCCAGGAACUUGCGGUCAAAACGCGGAAUGCCAAGUUGUCAACCAUCUGCCAUCGUGCACGUGUCUUCAGGGAUAUGAAGGAGAUCCAUUCAGAUAUUGUCAUAUUCGACAACGAGAACCUGUACAACAAUAUGUAGACCCAUGUCAACCUAGCCCAUGUGGUCCAAACAGUCAGUGCCGUGAAAUCAAUGGACAAGGAGUUUGCUCGUGCUUGCCCACAUACAUUGGAUCUCCUCCAGGAUGUCGACCAGAAUGUGUCACCAGUUCUGAAUGUUCUCUGGACAAGGCUUGCGUCAAUCAAAAGUGCGUCGAUCCUUGUCCUGGAACGUGUGGCACGAAUGCCAGAUGUAACGUUAACAACCAUAGUCCAAUCUGUUCGUGUCAAUCUGGAUACACCGGAGAUCCGUUCACUAGAUGCUAUCCCAAUCCACCACCUCCCCAAGAUACUCAAGUAAUCGUCCGCGAUCCUUGUGUUCCCUCUCCAUGUGGUCCAAACUCACAAUGUCGUAACAUCAACGGAGUGCCAUCGUGCUCUUGUCUAGUCAACUAUAUUGGAUCACCACCAAAUUGUAGACCUGAGUGUACGAUCAACGCUGAAUGUUCUAGCAAUCAGGCUUGCAUGAACGAAAAAUGUAGAGAUCCAUGCCCUGGAUCAUGCGGAAUUGGAGCCAGGUGCAAUGUCAUCAACCAUACACCGAUCUGCACCUGUGAAAUUGGAUAUACGGGAGAUCCAUUUACGAAUUGUUAUCCAGAACCUCCGCCUCCAAGGGAACCAGCGCGAGAUGAUCCAUGCAAUCCAUCUCCCUGUGGACCUAACGCCCAAUGCAACAAUGGUAUAUGCACAUGUCUACCGGAAUAUCAAGGAGACCCGUAUCAAGGAUGUCGACCUGAAUGCAUCCUCAACUCAGAUUGUCCAAGAGACAAGGCCUGCAUACGUAGCAAAUGCGUUGACCCUUGUCCAGGAACGUGCGGACAAGAUGCCUUGUGUGAGGUCAUCAAUCACAUUCCAAUGUGUAGUUGUCCGAACGGUAAGGCCGGAAACGCCUUUGUGCAGUGUAGACCUCAACAGGCUCCACCAGUAAGCAACCCGUGUAAUCCUUCUCCAUGCGGCCCGAACAGUCAGUGUCGGGAGAUCAAUGGCCAAGCUGUUUGCUCAUGCGUACCUGGAUUCAUUGGAAGCCCACCAACUUGUAGGCCAGAAUGUGUCGUCAGCUCAGAGUGUCCACAGAAUCAAGCAUGUAACAACCAAAAAUGCAGAGAUCCAUGUCCAGGAACUUGUGGCGUCGGAGCACGUUGCACAGUUGUCAAUCACAACCCAAUCUGUAGCUGUCCAGAGCGAUACACUGGAGACCCAUUCAUCCGUUGUCAACCUAUCGUUGAACCUCCCGUUCAAAUGACCGCUGUUAAUCCCUGUCAACCAUCUCCAUGUGGUCCGAACGCAGAAUGCCGACCUGUCGGCAAUUCACCAUCCUGUACGUGUAUAGAUAACAUGAUCGGUUCACCACCCAACUGUCGACCUGAGUGCAUCAGUAACUCAGAAUGCGCCAGUAACCUUGCAUGUAUUCGCCAGAAGUGUCAAGAUCCAUGCACGGGAGCCUGCGGAGCAAAUGCUGAGUGUCGUGUAGUCAGCCAUACGCCCAUGUGCAUCUGUUCAAUUGGAUACAGUGGCGACCCGUUCACUCAGUGCUUGCCCGUUCAACAGGACGUCCCGAGGGAACCAGCGUCGCCCUGCACUCCGAGCCCCUGUGGAGCCAAUGCUGUUUGUAGAGAACAGAAUGGAGCCGGGUCAUGUACCUGUAUUGACGACCACUUUGGAAACCCAUACGAAGGAUGUCGGCCCGAAUGUGUUCUAAACUCCGAUUGUCCUUCAAACCGAGCGUGCGUCCGGAACAAAUGUCAGGAUCCUUGCCCGGGGACUUGUGGUCAAAAUGCAGAUUGUCAAGUCGUAAACCAUUUGCCUUCGUGCACAUGCAUUUCAGGAUAUGAAGGGGACCCCUUCCGAUAUUGUAAUGUGCAGCAACGAGAACCGAUCCAACAAUACGUGAACCCAUGUCAACCUAGCCCAUGCGGUCCCAAUAGCCAAUGUCGUGAGAUCAACGGCCAGGGCGUUUGCUCGUGUUUACCCACAUAUAUUGGAUCUCCACCUGGAUGCCGUCCGGAAUGUGUAGCAAGUUCAGAAUGUCCUCUGGAUAAGGCCUGCGUUAAUCAAAAGUGCAUCGAUCCUUGUCCUGGAACGUGUGGAACCAAUGCCAGAUGUAACGUUAACAACCAUAGUCCAAUCUGUUCGUGUCAAUCUGGUUACACCGGAGAUCCGUUCACUCGAUGCUAUUCCAAUCCACGUAAGAACUUUGUACCUUCCAUUCAUUCUCAACCUAAUAAUCAUUUCAUAACCACAGCGCCUCCUCAAGAUACCCAAAUUGUUGUUCGAGACCCAUGUGUCCCGUCGCCAUGCGGUCCAAACUCACAAUGCCGCAACAUCAAUGGAGUACCAUCAUGCUCUUGUCUAGUCAACUACAUUGGAUCACCGCCUAACUGUAGACCCGAAUGUACAAUCAAUGCUGAAUGUCCUAGUAAUCAAGCCUGUAUGAACGAGAAAUGUAGGGAUCCGUGUCCUGGAUCAUGCGGAAUUGCAGCCAGAUGUAAUGUUAUCAACCAUACACCGAUCUGCACCUGUGAGGCCGGAUAUACGGGAGAUCCGUUCACGAAUUGCUAUCCGGAACCACCACCUCCAAGGGAACCAGUGCGAGAUGACCCAUGUAAUCCAUCUCCUUGCGGACCUAAUGCCCAAUGCAACAAUGGAAUAUGCACAUGUCUACCAGAAUACCAAGGAGACCCAUAUCAAGGAUGUCGACCUGAAUGUGUCCUGAACUCAGACUGUCCAAGAGAUAAGGCCUGCAUACGCAGCAAGUGCGUUGACCCUUGUCCAGGAACGUGCGGACAAGAUGCCUUGUGUGAGGUCAUCAACCACAUUCCAAUGUGCAGUUGUCCGAAUGGUAUGGCCGGAAACGCCUUCGUGCAGUGCAGACCUCAACAAGCUCCACCAGUGAGCAACCCGUGCAACCCAUCUCCAUGUGGUCCGAACAGCCAGUGUCGGGAGAUCAACGGCCAAGCUGUAUGUUCAUGCGUACCUGGAUUCAUUGGAAGCCCGCCAACGUGCAGACCAGAAUGUGUCGUCAGCUCUGAGUGUCCCCAGAAUCAAGCCUGCAACAACCAGAAAUGUAGAGAUCCGUGCCCAGGAACCUGUGGUGUUGGAGCACGAUGCUCUGUUGUCAACCAUAAUCCAAUUUGUAGUUGUCCUGAUCGAUAUUCCGGCGACCCGUUUAUACGUUGCCAACUUAUAGUUGAACCUCCUGUACAAAUGACUUCGAUAAACCCUUGUCAACCUUCUCCAUGUGGGUCUAAUGCCGAGUGUAGACCAGUCGGAGACUCUCCAUCGUGCACCUGUCUUCAAGAUAUGAUUGGUUCACCUCCAAAUUGUCGCCCUGAAUGCAUCAGUAACUCAGAAUGUGCGUACAACCUUGCAUGCAUCAGACAAAAAUGUCAGAAUCCAUGCACGGGAGCUUGUGGAACUAAUUCCGAGUGUAGAGUGGUCAGUCAUACGCCAAUGUGCAUUUGCUCAGUCGGAUACACCGGCGAUCCGUUUACACAAUGCUCGCCAGUUCAGCAAGACACUCCUCGGGAACCGAUAUCGCCGUGCACGCCAAGCCCAUGCGGAGCAAACGCUAUCUGUAAAGAGCAAAACGGGGCUGGCUCGUGCACGUGUAUCGAGGAUCACUUUGGUAAUCCGUACGAAGGAUGCCGACCGGAGUGUGUAUUGAACUCGGACUGUGCGUCCAAUAGAGCUUGUAUUCGCAACAAAUGUCAAGAUCCUUGCCCAGGAACGUGUGGCCAAAACGCGGAUUGCCAAGUUGUCAAUCAUCUUCCUUCGUGUACUUGCUGGACAGGCUACGAAGGAGACCCAUUCAGAUACUGCAACGUACAACAACGCGAACCCGUUCAACAAUACGUGAACCCAUGUCAACCUAGCCCAUGUGGUCCAAAUAGUCAGUGUCGUGAGAUCAACGGGCAGGGUGUUUGCUCGUGCUUGCCCACAUAUAUUGGAUCUCCACCUGGAUGUCGACCGGAAUGUGUUACAAGUUCCGAAUGUUCUCUGGAUAAGGCCUGCGUCAAUCAAAAAUGUGUAGAUCCUUGCCCCGGAGCUUGUGGAUCCAAUGCCAGAUGUAAUGUUAAUAACCACAGUCCAAUCUGUUCAUGUCAAUCUGGAUACACCGGAGAUCCGUUCACUCGAUGUUAUCCCAAUCCACCGCCUCCUCAAGAUACCCAAAUCGUUGUCCGAGACCCAUGUGUUCCCUCUCCAUGCGGGCCAAACUCGCAAUGCCGCAACAUCAACGGCGUGCCAUCGUGCUCUUGUAUAGUCAACUAUAUGGGAACACCGCCUAACUGUAGACCCGAAUGUACAAUCAAUGCUGAAUGCCCUAGUAUUCAAGCAUGUAUGAACGAGAAAUGUAGGGAUCCCUGUCCUGGAUCAUGCGGAAUUGGAGCCAGGUGUAAUGUCAUCAAUCAUACUCCGAUCUGUACCUGUGAAGUUGGAUAUACGGGAGAUCCAUUUACAAAUUGUUACCCGGAACCUCCACCUCCAAGAGAACCGGUGCGAGAUGACCCAUGUAAUCCAUCUCCUUGUGGACCAAAUGCCCAAUGCAACAAUGAUAUAUGCACAUGCCUACCGGAAUAUCAAGGAGACCCAUAUCAAGGAUGUCGACCUGAGUGUGUGCUGAAUUCAGAUUGUCCACGUGACAAGGCCUGCAUACGUAGCAAAUGCGUUGACCCUUGUCCAGGAACGUGCGGACAAGAUGCCUUGUGUGAAGUCAUCAAUCACAUUCCAAUGUGUAGUUGUCCGAAUGGAAUGGCCGGAAAUGCCUUUGUACAGUGCAGACCUCAACAGGCUCCACCAGUGAGCAACCCGUGCAAUCCUUCUCCAUGCGGCCCGAACAGUCAGUGUCGAGAGAUCAACGGCCAAGCUGUUUGCUCAUGUGUACCUGGAUUCAUUGGAAGCCCACCAACUUGUAGGCCUGAAUGUGUCGUCAGUUCAGAGUGUCCACAGAAUCAAGCAUGUAACAACCAAAAAUGCAGAGAUCCAUGCCCAGGAACUUGCGGCGUCGGAGCUCGUUGCUCAGUUGUCAACCAUAAUCCAAUCUGUAGCUGCUCAGAGCGAUACACCGGUGAUCCGUUUAUUCGUUGUCAGCCUAUAGUUAAACCUCCAGUACAAAUGACCCCUGUCAAUCCAUGUCAGCCAUCUCCUUGUGGUCCAAACGCAGAAUGUCGACCUAUCGGUGAUUCGCCAUCAUGUACGUGUUUAGAUAAUAUGAUUGGUUCACCACCUAAUUGCCGUCCUGAAUGUGUCAGUAACUCAGAAUGCGCCAGUAACCUUGCAUGUAUUCGUCAGAAGUGCCAAGAUCCAUGCACGGGAGCUUGUGGAGCAAACGCUGAGUGCCGAGUCGUCAGUCAUACACCUAUGUGCAUCUGUUCGAUCGGAUAUACCGGUGAUCCGUUCACUCAGUGCUUGCCUGUUCAACAGGACGUCCCGAGAGAACCAACGUCACCUUGCAUUCCAAGUCCGUGUGGAGCCAAUGCCGUUUGUAGAGAACAAAAUGGAGCCGGUUCAUGCAGUUGUAUUGACGAUCAUUUUGGAAAUCCAUACGAAGGAUGCAGGCCGGAAUGUGUUCUGAAUUCUGACUGCUCUUCGAAUCGAGCGUGCGUCCGUAACAAAUGUCAAGACCCAUGUCCGGGAACCUGUGGUCAAAACGCGGAAUGUCAAGUGGUCAACCAUCUACCAUCUUGCACUUGUAUUAGUGGAUACGAAGGCGAUCCGUUUAGAUUCUGCAGCAUUCAGCAAAGAGAACCAAUUCAACAAUAUGUCAAUCCAUGUCAACCUAGCCCAUGUGGUCCAAACAGUCAGUGUCGUGAGAUCAACGGGCAGGGCGUUUGCUCGUGCUUGCCCACAUACAUCGGAUCUCCUCCUGGAUGUCGACCAGAAUGUGUCACCAGUUCUGAAUGUCCUCUGGACAAGGCUUGCGUCAAUCAAAAGUGCGUCGAUCCUUGUCCUGGAACGUGUGGAACCAAUGCCAGAUGUAACGUUAACAAUCACAGUCCAAUCUGUUCGUGUCAAUCUGGAUACACCGGAGAUCCGUUCACUCGAUGCUACCCCAAUCCACGUAAGAAUCCAGUAACUUCCAUUCAUUCUCAACCUAAUAAUCAUUCCAUAACUACAGCGCCUCCUCAAGAUACCCAAGUCGUCGUCAGAGACCCUUGCGUCCCUUCGCCAUGCGGACCAAAUUCACAAUGCCGUAACAUCAACGGAGUGCCAUCAUGUUCUUGUCUAGUCAACUACAUUGGAUCACCACCUAACUGUAGACCCGAAUGUACUAUCAAUGCUGAAUGUCCAAGUAAUCAAGCAUGUAUGAAUGAAAAAUGUAGGGAUCCAUGUCCUGGGUCAUGCGGUAUUGGAGCUAGGUGUAAUGUCAUCAACCAUACACCGAUUUGUACCUGUGAAGUUGGGUAUACGGGAGAUCCAUUUACAAAUUGUUAUCCGGAACCUCCGCCUUCAAGGGAACCAGUGCGCGAUGAUCCAUGUAAUCCAUCUCCUUGCGGAGCUAAUGCACAAUGCAACAAUGGAAUCUGCACAUGUCUACCUGAAUAUCAAGGAGAUCCAUAUCAAGGAUGUCGACCUGAAUGCGUCCUGAACUCAGAUUGUCCAAGAGAUAAGGCCUGCAUACGUAGCAAGUGCGUUGACCCUUGUCCAGGAACGUGCGGCCAAGACGCCUUGUGUGAAGUGAUCAAUCACAUACCAAUGUGUAGCUGUCCGAAUGGAAUGGCCGGAAACGCUUUCGUGCAGUGUAGACCUCAGCAGGCUCCACCAGUGAGCAACCCGUGUAAUCCAUCUCCAUGCGGUCCGAACAGUCAGUGUCGCGAAAUUAACGGACAAGCUGUAUGUUCAUGUGUUCCUGGCUUCAUUGGAAGUCCUCCAACUUGCAGACCAGAAUGUGUGGUCAGUUCAGAAUGUCCACAGAAUCAAGCGUGUAAUAAUCAAAAAUGCAGAGAUCCAUGUCCCGGAACUUGCGGCGUCGAAGCACGUUGCUCAGUUGUCAAUCAUAAUCCGAUCUGUAGCUGCCCAGAGCGAUACACCGGUGAUCCGUUCAUUCGUUGUCAACCCAUAAUUGAACCCCCAGUACAAAUGACCCCUGUAAACCCAUGUCAACCAUCCCCAUGUGGUCCAAACGCCGAAUGUCGACCUGUCGGUGAUUCGCCAUCGUGCACGUGUUUGGAUAACAUGAUAGGUUCACCACCUAAUUGCCGUCCUGAAUGUGUCAGUAACUCAGAAUGCGCCAGUAACCUUGCAUGUAUUCGUCAGAAGUGUCAAGAUCCAUGCAGGGGAGCUUGUGGAGCGAACGCUGAGUGUCGAGUUGUUAGCCAUACGCCCAUGUGCAUCUGUUCGAUCGGAUACACUGGUGACCCAUUCACUCAGUGCUUGCCUGUUCAACAGGACGUCCCAAGAGAACCAGCGUCACCUUGCAUUCCAAGUCCGUGUGGAGCCAAUGCCGUUUGUAGAGAGCAAAAUGGAGCUGGUUCAUGUAGUUGUAUUGACGAUCAUUUCGGAAACCCAUACGAAGGAUGCCGACCGGAAUGUGUUCUGAACUCUGACUGCUCUUCGAACCGAGCAUGUGUUCGCAACAAAUGCCAGGAUCCUUGUCCGGGAACCUGUGGUCAAAACGCGGAAUGUCAAGUCGUCAAUCAUCUACCAUCGUGUACCUGUGUCAGUGGAUACGAAGGCGAUCCGUUUAGAUUCUGCAGCAUUCAGCAAAGAGAACCUAUCCAACAAUACGUGAACCCAUGUCAACCAAGCCCAUGUGGUCCAAACAGCCAGUGCCGUGAGAUCAAUGGGCAGGGCGUUUGCUCGUGCUUACCCACAUACAUCGGAUCUCCACCUGGAUGUCGGCCAGAAUGCGUCACCAGUUCUGAAUGUCCUCUGAACAAGGCCUGCGUCAAUCAAAAAUGUGUAGAUCCUUGCCCCGGAACUUGUGGAUCCAAUGCCAGAUGUAACGUUAAUAACCACAGUCCAAUAUGUUCGUGUCAGUCUGGUUACACCGGAGAUCCGUUUACACGAUGCUACCCCAAUCCACCGCCUCCUCAAGAUACUCAAGUAAUCGUCCGCGAUCCUUGUGUUCCCUCUCCAUGUGGGCCCAAUUCACAGUGUCGCAACAUCAACGGCGUGCCAUCAUGCUCUUGUCUAGUCAACUACAUUGGAUCACCACCUAACUGUAGGCCCGAAUGUACAAUCAACGCCGAGUGUCCAAGUAAUCAAGCAUGUAUGAACGAGAAAUGUAGAGAUCCCUGUCCUGGAUCAUGCGGAAUUGGAGCCAGGUGCAAUGUCAUCAACCACACACCGAUCUGCACCUGUGAGGUUGGAUAUACGGGAGAUCCAUUCACGAAUUGUUAUCCAGAACCUCCGCCUCCAAGGGAACCAGUGCGAGAUGACCCAUGUAAUCCAUCUCCCUGUGGACCUAAUGCCCAAUGCAACAAUGGAAUAUGCACAUGUCUACCAGAAUACCAAGGAGACCCGUACCAAGGAUGUCGACCUGAAUGCGUCCUGAACUCAGACUGUCCAAGAGAUAAGGCCUGCAUACGCAAUAAGUGUGUUGACCCUUGUCCAGGAACGUGCGGUCAAGACGCCUUGUGUGAAGUCAUCAACCAUAUUCCAAUGUGUAGCUGUCCGAAUGGAAUGGCCGGAAAUGCCUUUGUACAGUGUAGACCUCAACAGACUCCGCAAGUAAGCAAUCCGUGCAAUCCAUCUCCAUGCGGUCCGAACAGUCAGUGCCGCGAAAUCAAUGGGCAAGCUGUUUGCUCAUGCGUACCAGGUUUCAUUGGAAGUCCUCCAACUUGCAGACCUGAAUGUGUCGUUAGCUCGGAAUGUCCGCAGAAUCAGGCAUGCAACAAUCAGAAAUGCAGAGAUCCAUGCCCAGGAACAUGCGGCGUUGGAGCCCGUUGCUCAGUUGUCAAUCACAACCCGAUUUGUAGUUGUCCUGAACGUUUUACUGGAGACCCAUUCAUUCGUUGUCAACAAAUCAUUGAACCUCCAGUUCAAAUGACCCCUGUUAAUCCGUGCCAACCAUCUCCAUGUGGACCCAAUUCUGAGUGUAGACCAGUUGGUGAUUCUCCUUCCUGCACAUGCUUAGCAGAAAUGAUUGGGUCACCACCAAACUGCCGACCUGAGUGUAUUAGUAACUCGGAGUGUUCAAGCAACCUCGCAUGCAUUCGUCAGAAAUGUCAAAACCCAUGCAUUGGCGCUUGUGGAGCCGAUGCCGAAUGCCGUGUUGUUAGUCACACUCCAAUGUGUAUUUGUGCGGUUGGAUACACCGGUGAUCCAUUCACUCAAUGUUUGCAAGUUCAACAGGAUGUUCCUAGAGAACCACUUUCUCCUUGCGUGCCAAGCCCUUGCGGCGCAAACGCAAUAUGCAGGGAACAAAAUGGCGCUGGAUCGUGCACUUGCAUGGAGGAUCACUUCGGAAAUCCUUACGAGGGCUGCCGUCCAGAAUGCGUCGUCAAUUCGGAUUGUCCGUCUAAUCGGGCAUGUGUUCGCAACAAAUGUCAAGAUCCGUGUCCCGGAACGUGCGGUCAAAACGCGCAAUGUCAAGUGGUGAAUCAUUUGCCAUCCUGUACGUGUGAUGACGGAUUCCAAGGCGAUCCGUUCAGAUUCUGUGCUAUUCAGCAACGAGAACCAAUUCAACAAUACGUAAACCCCUGUCAACCUAGUCCAUGUGGUCCAAACAGUCAGUGCCGUGAGAUCAACGGGCAGGGCGUUUGCUCGUGCUUGUCCACAUACAUUGGAUCUCCACCUGGAUGUCGGCCAGAAUGUGUCACAAGCUCCGAAUGUUCUCUAGACAAGGCCUGCGUUAAUCAAAAGUGCGUCGAUCCCUGUCCUGGAACGUGUGGCACGAAUGCCAGAUGUAACGUUAACAACCACAGUCCAAUUUGUUCGUGUCAAUCUGGAUACACCGGAGAUCCGUUCACUCGAUGCUACCCCAAUCCACCACCUCCUCAAGAUACUCAAGUAAUCGUCCGCGAUCCUUGUGUUCCCUCUCCAUGCGGGCCAAACUCACAAUGCCGCAACAUCAACGGAGUGCCAUCAUGCUCUUGCCUAGCCAACUAUGUGGGAUCACCGCCAAAUUGUAGACCCGAAUGUACUAUCAAUGCCGAGUGUCCAAGUAAUCAAGCAUGUAUGAACGAGAAAUGUAGAGAUCCCUGUCCUGGAUCAUGCGGAAUUGGAGCCAGGUGUAAUGUCAUCAAUCAUACUCCAAUCUGUACCUGUGAAGUUGGAUAUACGGGAGAUCCAUUUACGAAUUGUUACCCGGAACCUCCACCUCCAAGAGAACCGGUGCGAGAUGACCCAUGCAAUCCAUCUCCGUGUGGACCUAAUGCACAAUGCAACAAUGGAAUAUGCACAUGCCUACCGGAAUAUCAAGGAGACCCAUAUCAAGGAUGUCGACCUGAGUGUGUGCUGAAUUCAGAUUGUCCACGUGACAAGGCCUGCAUACGUAGCAAAUGCGUUGACCCUUGUCCAGGAACGUGCGGACAAGAUGCCUUGUGUGAAGUCAUCAAUCACAUUCCAAUGUGUAGUUGUCCGAAUGGAAUGGCCGGGAAUGCCUUUGUACAGUGCAGACCUCAACAGGCUCCACCAGUGAGCAACCCGUGCAAUCCAUCUCCAUGCGGCCCGAACAGUCAGUGUCGAGAGAUCAACGGCCAAGCUGUUUGCUCAUGUGUACCUGGAUUCAUUGGAAGCCCACCAACUUGUAGGCCUGAAUGUGUCGUCAGCUCAGAGUGUCCACAGAAUCAAGCAUGUAACAACCAAAAAUGCAGAGAUCCAUGUCCAGGAACUUGUGGCGUCGGAGCACGUUGCUCAGUUGUCAAUCAUAAUCCGAUCUGUAGCUGCCCAGAGCGGUACACAGGAGACCCAUUCAUACGUUGUCAACCUAUCGUUGAACCCCCAGUACAAAUGACCCCUGUCAACCCAUGUCAACCAUCACCAUGUGGUCCAAACGCAGAAUGCCGACCUGUCGGCGAUUCGCCAUCAUGCACUUGUUUGGAUAACAUGAUUGGUUCACCUCCUAACUGUCGCCCUGAAUGUGUCAGUAACUCAGAAUGCGCCAGUAACCUUGCAUGUAUUCGUCAGAAGUGUCAAGAUCCAUGCACGGGAGCUUGUGGAGCAAACGCUGAGUGCCGGGUCGUCAGCCAUACGCCCAUGUGCAUCUGCUCGAUCGGAUAUACCGGCGAUCCGUUCACUCAGUGUUUACGUGUGCAACAGGACGUCCCGAGGGAACCAAUAUCACCAUGCAUUCCAAGUCCAUGCGGAGCCAAUGCCGCUUGCAGAGAACAAAACGGUGCUGGGUCCUGUACAUGUGUUGAUGAUCACUACGGAAACCCAUACGAAGGAUGCAGACCGGAAUGUAUUUUGAAUUCUGACUGCCCUUCGAACCGAGCUUGCGUCCGUAACAAAUGUCAAGACCCAUGUCCGGGAACCUGUGGUCAAAACGCGGAAUGUCAAGUGGUCAACCAUCUACCAUUAUGCACUUGUAUCAGUGGAUACGAAGGCGAUCCAUUUAGAUUCUGUAACAUUCAGCAAAGAGAACCUAUUCAACAAUAUGUCAAUCCAUGUCAACCGAGCCCAUGUGGUCCAAAUAGUCAGUGUCGUGAAAUUAAUGGGCAGGGCGUUUGCUCGUGCUUGCCCACAUACAUUGGAUCUCCUCCAGGAUGUCGACCAGAAUGUGUCACAAGUUCCGAAUGUUCUCUAGACAAGGCAUGCGUCAAUCAAAAGUGCGUCGAUCCUUGUCCUGGAACGUGUGGAACCAAUGCCAGAUGUAACGUUAACAACCACAGUCCAAUUUGUUCGUGUCAAUCUGGUUACACCGGAGAUCCUUUCACUCGGUGCUAUCCCAAUCCACCUCCACCACAAGACACCCAAAUCGUCGUAAGAGACCCUUGUGUCCCUUCGCUAUGCGGGCCAAAUUCGCAAUGCCGUAACAUCAACGGAGUGCCAUCGUGCUCUUGUCUAGUCAACUACAUUGGAUCACCGCCUAACUGUAGACCUGAGUGUACGAUCAAUGCUGAAUGCCCCAGCAGUCAAGCUUGUAUAAACGAGAAAUGUAGGGAUCCAUGUCCUGGAUCAUGCGGAGUUGGAGCCAGGUGCAAUGUCAUCAACCAUACACCGAUCUGCACCUGUGAAGUUGGAUAUACGGGAGAUCCUUUCACGAAUUGUUAUCCAGAACCACCACCUCCAAGAGAACCAGUGCGAGAUGACCCAUGCAAUCCAUCUCCGUGUGGACCUAAUGCACAAUGCAACAAUGGAAUCUGCACAUGUCUACCAGAGUAUCAAGGUGACCCAUAUCAAGGAUGUCGACCUGAAUGCGUCCUGAAUUCGGAUUGUCCAAGAGACAAGGCCUGCAUACGCAAUAAGUGCAUUGACCCUUGUCCAGGAACGUGUGGCCAAGACGCCUUGUGUGAAGUCAUCAACCACAUUCCAAUGUGUAGCUGUCCGAAUGGAAUGGCCGGAAACGCCUUUGUACAGUGUAGACCUCAACAGGCUCCACCAGUGAGCAAUCCGUGCAAUCCAUCUCCAUGUGGUCCGAACAGCCAGUGUCGGGAGAUCAACGGUCAAGCUGUAUGCUCAUGUGUUCCUGGGUACAUUGGAAGUCCGCCAACUUGUAGACCAGAAUGUGUUGUUAGCUCGGAAUGUCCACAGAAUCAAGCUUGCAACAACCAGAAAUGUAGAGACCCAUGUCCAGGAACCUGUGGUGUCGGAGCUCGAUGCUCAGUUGUCAAUCACAACCCAAUUUGUAGCUGUCCUGAGCGAUACACUGGCGAUCCAUUCGUCCGUUGUCAACCUAUAAGUAUGUCUCCUAAUUGUAACAUCUGCAGUCCUUCAGCUAACAAAAAUGUUAUUUUUACAGUUCAAAUGACUCCAGUCAAUCCAUGCCAACCUUCUCCAUGUGGUCCGAACGCAGAAUGCCGACCUGUCGGUGAUUCGCCAUCAUGUACAUGUCUAGAUAACAUGAUUGGCUCGCCUCCCAACUGUCGACCUGAGUGCAUCAGCAACUCAGAAUGCUCCAGCAACCUUGCAUGUAUCCGUCAGAAAUGUCAAGAUCCAUGCGUAGGAGCUUGUGGAGCAAAUGCCGAGUGUCGCGUUGUCAGUCACACACCUAAUUGCAUUUGCUCGAUCGGAUAUACCGGUGAUCCGUUCACUCAGUGCUUGCCAGUUCAACAGGACGUCCCGAGGGAGCCAUCAUCACCAUGUAUACCGAGCCCAUGCGGAGCCAAUGCUAUUUGUAGAGAGCAAAACGGAGCCGGGUCGUGCACUUGUAUUGACGAUCACUUCGGAAACCCAUACGAAGGGUGCCGACCGGAAUGCGUUCUGAAUUCCGAUUGUCCAUCUAGUCGGGCAUGCGUUCGGAACAAAUGUCAAGACCCAUGUCCGGGAACCUGUGGCCAAAAUGCAGAAUGCCAGGUCGUCAACCAUUUACCGUCUUGUACCUGCUUCAGUGGAUACGAAGGAGAUCCAUUCAAGUACUGCAACGUCAAACAAAGAGAACCACAAGUGUACGUCAAUCCUUGUCAACCAAAUCCGUGUGGCCCUAACAGUCAGUGUCGUGAGAUCAACGGGCAGGGCGUUUGCUCGUGCUUGCCCACAUACAUCGGAUCUCCACCUGGGUGCCGCCCGGAAUGUGUAACAAGCUCUGAAUGCUCUCUAGACAAGGCCUGCGUCAAUCAAAAGUGCGUCGAUCCUUGUCCUGGAACGUGUGGAACCAAUGCCAGAUGUAACGUUAACAACCAUAGUCCAAUCUGUUCGUGUCAAUCUGGUUACACCGGAGAUCCGUUCACUCGCUGUUACCCCAAUCCACCACCUCCGCAAGAUACCCCAAUCGUUGUACGUGAUCCUUGCGUUCCUUCACCAUGUGGACCAAACUCGCAAUGCCGCAACAUCAACGGAGUGCCGUCGUGUUCUUGCCUAGUAAACUACAUUGGAUCACCACCCAACUGCAGACCUGAGUGUACAAUCAACGCCGAAUGUCCAAGCAACCAGGCCUGCAUGAACGAAAAGUGUAGGGAUCCAUGCCCUGGAUCAUGCGGAGUUGGAGCCAGGUGCAAUGUUAUCAAUCAUACGCCGAUAUGUACUUGCGAAACGGGAUACACGGGAGAUCCUUUCACAAAUUGUUAUCCAGAACCACCGCCCAAGGAACCAGAACGUGUGGGCAAAACGCAGUAUGUGAAGUUGUCAACCAUGUUCCAGUAUGCAGCUGUCCAACCGGUAUGGCUGGUAACGCUUUCGUCCAAUGUAGACCUCAACAAGCCCCACCAGUCACCAAUCCGUGCAACCCAUCACCAUGCGGUCCAAACAGUCAGUGUCGCGAAAUCAAUGGGCAAGCAGUGUGCUCAUGUGUGCCAGGAUUUAUUGGAAGCCCACCAGCCUGUAGACCGGAAUGCGUUGUUAGUUCCGAAUGUGCGCAAAACCAGGCCUGUAGCAACCAAAAGUGCAGAGAUCCUUGCCCUGGAACAUGCGGAGUUGGAGCACGUUGCACGGUUGUCAACCACAAUCCUAUCUGUAGUUGCCCGGACCGUUAUACGGGAGAUCCAUUCGUUCGCUGUCAACCAAUAA